CGUCAUCAUUUCGCCCCGAAGAGUUCGGAGGCGAGGGUGUGCUAAAUGGGGCUGCCUGACUCAAGGGGUGCUAGCAUAUUAUAAAUUCAUCUCCCGCUUCUUCUAUUUAUUAUGCGAGCAGUCCUAUAGUCAGUGGCAUUUAGUUGACAAUUCUCGACCCCAGAACAUCUCAAAGCAAAAGAUAUCCAGCAGCAAAACUUGGCUUCUGCAGUGCUUGUUAGAAAGUUUCCCCCAGUUGAACCUCUCUCUGGUUGUAGUUGAAGGAAAAGCAGAACUCCUCUUUUCCUCCCCAGUGGAUCCCUCCUCAGUCAGUCGCUUUCGGUGCUUUCCGCCCAAUCAGUGCUUUUCAGAAAGUUCGUAGCAAUACCUGUGACUGUUCGUCCCUUUUCUCGACCACCACCGAAACACAGCAAUCACCAUGUCUCAGCAGCAUCAGGUGGUGAGGCAGCAGACCUCCAUGCAGCAAACAAGCAGCAGCAGCACUAUGCAGCAGUCAAGUGUUCGACAGCAAACACAAGUCCAGACACGCGUUGUCCGCGAAGUCCAGCAGGGGGUUCAGAGGGUCCAAGGAGCCACACAGAUGGUACCUGUGGGCCUACCUGCUGGAGCAUCUCCACCAGUAUUUGAACAGAUCUUCCAGAAUGCCCGUUUUGCACAAGGCGGUGACGCCCUCUUCGAAGGCAAGGUCCAGGGCAACCCCAAGCCCACUGUCACCUGGACCCGCAAGGGCGCACAGAUCGUGUCCGGAAACAAAUAUCAGGUGACCCAUGAUGAAACCACCGGCGUGGUGACCUUACUUAUCGCCGCCAUUGGACCUGGUGACGAGGGUGAAUACACCUGCACCGCCGCCAACCAAUAUGGCGAGGCGAUCUGCACUGUCUAUAUCCAGCCAGAAGCUGCUUACAUGAUGCAGCAGCAGCGUCAGCAGCAGAUGGCUCAAAAGACCGUGAUGCAGCAACAACAUAUGUCGCAACAAUUUAUGCAGCAGCAGCAACAUAUGGUGUCGAUGCAGACCGAGUCUUUCCGAGUAGACACCUUCGAGUACAGACUCCUCCAUGAAGUGGAGUUCAGACAGUCCUUGACCGUGAGGCUCGCCGGCGAGCUGGAGGUGGAACAAGGUGCCAUCCAAGGCCCACCUCAGGCUCCCCAGCUUCAGCAGAAGCCUAGGUCAACCAAGGUCGCCGAUGGUGGAAACGCCACCUUCACCGUCAAAAUCAAUGGGUACCCAACACCCAGGGUGAUUUGGUUCAAGAAUGGCGUUCGCCUCCAGUCAUCCGAGAAGCACCUGAUGACCCAGUCUGCAGGUCAGGUCACCCUGGUCGUAAAGGAAGUCAGUUCAAUGGACAACGGCUACUACACAAUGCUGGCUGAGAACACCUCCGGCUGCACAGUAGCCUCUGCACAGUUAGCUGUCGUCCCACGGGGCGAAAUCACCAAUGGAGUCCCUGCUCCCGAAAUCAUCAGGCCUGAAAGAGAACCCGAAGCGGACAUGGACACUGGCGACGACUCAGGCAAAAACCUCGAGCCUAAGUUCGUCCGUGGUCCGUCCGACAAGGAAGUACAGGAAGGCAAACUCGUCCGUUUUGAUGCCCGAGUCACCGGUAGACCCUAUCCCGAUGUGGCCUGGUUUAUCAACGGACAGAUGGUAGCCGAUGACGCCACGCACAAAGUGCUUGUGAAUGAGGCCGGCAAUCACUCUCUCAUGAUUAGCAAGGCCUCCCUCGCUGACGCCGGCAUCGUCACCUGCAUCGCCAAGAACAAGUCCGGAGAGGCCACUUUCCAGUGCCACCUCAAUGUCUUGGAGAUGCAGCAGAUGGUUGCCCCUAAAUUCGUCGAGAGGUUCCAGCAGGCGGCUGUGUCUGAGGGCGAGACCGUCGUCCUCCAGUGCCGCGCCGUUGGUACACCUAUGCCUCUCCUGUCUUGGCAGAAGGAUGGUGUAACAGUCGAAAAUUCACCCAAUGUCAUGGUCCAGUCGGACAUGAACGGUGCUUCCAGCCUCCAGAUCUUGAGUGCUAGCGCCGCCGAUGCUGGCUGGUAUCAGUGCAAUGCCCAGAAUUCUGCCGGUUCUACGGCCACCCGAGCAAGGCUUCAUGUACAGACAGACAAAACCGCCGGUCCUGCCGCCCCACAGAGACCUCACUUCCCCAAACCCGUCAAGAUAAUCGAACCUCAACCCGAACCAGAACCCGAGGUAAUCAUCCUCCGCCCCGUGGAAAGGGCCCAUCACGCCCCCAGGGCCCCUGAGGAGGAGCAGCCCACCGAACCCCCUGUUUUCACACAUCCCCUUAGGGAUAUCGAUAUUGUCGAGGGCACUCGCGCCCAUUUCGAAGCAAAGGUUACUCCCCUCGGUGAUGCCACCAUGAACAUCGAAUGGCUUAUCGAUGGAAAGCCCCUUGCUGCUAGUUCCCGAGCCACUGUGACUUACCGCUUUGGCUUCGUAGCUCUGGAUAUUUUGAAUGUCAUUAAGGCUGAUGCUGGUGUUUACACCUGCCGUGCCACCAACGUUAAGGGCCAAGCUGAGACUUCUGCUAACCUUCGAAUUACAGAGCGCCCCCUGAUUGAGAGCCAAACCCAGCAUCCUCAGGCUAUGCAGCAGAUCAAUUUCUUGGAGGACCAGUCGCGCUACCAGCGCACUCUCUCCAUCGAGGAGCACGCCAGCAUCAAGCCCAACUUCGUCAAGCCUCUUAACAACCUGGGAGAGGUUUUGGAGGGCAAGUACGCCCACUUCGAGGCUCAGCUUCACCCCGUCAGUGAUCCAUUCAUGAGGAUUGAAUGGUUUAAGGAUGGAAAACCAAUUACUGCCAGUUCACGUAUCAACCACAUCUACAACUUCGGUUAUGUUGCCCUGAACAUCAUGCAGCUUCGCAGCGAAGACAGCGGCACCUACACUGUGAGGGCCACUAACAAAGCUGGAGAGUGCACUUGCCAAGCCUCCAUUACUGUUAUUUCUCUGGCCAGCGUGACUGGAGAUCUAGGAAUUCCUGAACAGAGUCAGUACAUCAAGAGUGUUGAGGAGAUGGAAGCCUACAGGCUACAGAUGCUGCAGAGGAGCAGUGCUGAAAUUGCCGAGGCUGCCACUGCCCCCGUCUUCAAAACUGAACUAAAGGAUGCCACAGCCCGUGAGGGAGGUUAUGCUCAUUUUGAGGCCAGGCUUGAACCAGUAGGUGACCCCACCCUCAAGGUGGAGUGGCUGAAGGAUGGUCGCCCAAUUGAAGCAAGUUCCCGUAUCACCUCUUUCUUCAACUUUGGUUAUGUUGCUCUUACUGUCAAGGCCCUCAUUGUGCAAGAUGCUGGUUCCUACACCUGCAGGGCUUUUAAUGCAAAAGGAGAGGCUCGGGCUACAUGCAACCUUACUGUCCUUUCUAAGACUGAACAAGAAGUUGAGAGUCAGUAUGAAGACACUGUUUCUAAGAUGCAAUACCUGGAAGAUUCUUCUCGUUUCUUGAAGACUGAGACUGAGGAGACUUCUGCUGUAACCAUCCCACCGAAGUUCCUUGGACCUCUGAAGGGAACUAAUAAGAUUGUGGAGGGUCAAAAGGCCCACUUUGAGAUUCGUUUGGAGCCUCAAAGUGAUCCAACCAUGACUGUUGAAUGGUAUUUCAAUGGUCAAGUUAUAAUGUCUGCUUCACGUAUCAAGACCUACAAUGACUUCGGUUAUGUUGCCCUUGAUAUAUCUGACAUCCGUCAGUCUGAUGCUGGACAGUACACAGUUGUUGCCCGUAAUGCUCUUGGUCAAGCACAAAUGAGCACUAUUAUGUCUGUUGAAACACGAUCUGCAGUUGAUACAACAUCUAUGCAUGAAAUUUCCCUAUCCAAGACUUCCGCCAUGGAACGCCGUCACCAAGAACCUCACUAUGAUAUUGAGGAAGUUUCCAAGUCUAAGCCAGAAUUCACACAGCUUUUGCAAGAUCCCAAGCCCCUCCCAGAGGGAAAGAACAUUCACUUGGAAGCCCGCUUAGAACCCAUGAAUGACCCCACAAUGAGAGUUGAUUGGUAUUUCAAUGGCAAACCUAUCACCAUUGGCUCCCGUUUCAAAACCUACUUUGACUUUGGUUUUGUAGCUCUUGAUGUUGUUGGUGCUUAUACCACAGAUUCAGGUGAGUACACUUGUCGUGCUGAAAAUCAGUUAGGAAGUGCCCACACUUCUGCAUGUGUACGGGUAAUUGCUACGGACAGCAUUUACAGCGAAAGCAUGCACGAUGGUGCCAUGGAACAGAUUCACUUCCUUGAAGACUCAUCCCGCCACCAGCGUACACUCCAGGAGGCUUCUGACAUAAAGGAAUCACCAAGUUUUGUUAAGUCUCUGAAAAAUAUUGAGACCAUUGAAGGCACUAACAUUCACUUGGAAGCUCGUCUCAAACCUGUUGGAGAUUCUUCCAUGAGAGUCGACUGGUUCUUUAAUGAUUCACCUCUGAAAGUUGGACAUAGAUUUAGGCCAGCAUAUGACUUUGACUAUGUUGCUCUUGAUCUCCUUAGUGUAUACCCAAUUGAUUCUGGUAUCUACACUUGUAGAGCAACCAACAGUCUUGGUCAGGCUGUCACUUCAGCUUCGGUCAAGGUUACAGCCAAGAAGGAUCUAGUGUUCGACUCAGAACACCCAGAUAGUCUGCAGAAACUCCAGUAUCUUGACGACAGCUCACGUUAUCAGAAGCGGGAAACUAUGGAGGAAGUUUCCAUUAAAAUUAAACCCCAUUUCUUAACAAAACUCAAAGAUGUUAUUCAAAAGGAAGGCAACAGCGCUCACUUUGAAGCCAAGAUCGAGCCAAUAACUGAUCCAAACCUACGUAUAGAAUGGUAUAGAAAUGGGAUGCCAAUUCAGCUUGGAUCUCGGUUCCGCUUGAUCCAUGAUUUUGGCUAUGUGGCGCUUGACAUCUCAAAGCUUAUUGAAGAGGACUCCGGGAUCUAUACAUGCGUAGCUACAAAUUUGAUGGGCAAAGAUGAAAUCACUGCCAAUCUCAAAGUUAUAAAAUCGUCUGGAAUCGUCAUGGAAACUGAAAAUCAGCAUCUGACAAUGGAACAGCUGCAGAUGCUUGAAGAUCGAAGCCGUUACGCACGCUCAGAAGUAAUCGAAGAAACAACUAAGCAGGCACCAGUUUUCACCAACUCUCUGAAAAACCUUGAAGUUCUCGAGGGGCAACGUGCUCACUUUGAAGUAAGAUUAAUCCCAACCUCUGACCCAACCAUGAAGGUUGAGUGGUUCCACAACAAUGUUCCACUCAAGAGUGGGUCUCGUUUCACACAGUACAAUGACUUUGGCUUUGUGGCACUGGACAUCAUGUAUGCUUAUGCUGAAGACUCUGGUACCUACUCUUGCGUUGCUACCAACUGCAUUGGUCAGGCAAUUUCCACUUGCACUCUUACGUGUCAUACAAAGGAGUCUAUUCUCUCUGAGACUAUGAACCAAGAAGCCAUGACCAAAAUUUCCCGUCUAGAGUCGUCUGCUCGUACCCAGCGUACAAUCACCACAGAAGAAACCACCAUGCAGGCACCAGUCUUCACUUCACCUCUCAAGGACCAGAACCUGAUUGAAAAUGCACCUCUUCACUUUGAGGCUCGUCUUAUCCCAGUAGGAGACCCUGAUCUCAAAGUAGAGUGGUUCAAGAAUAAUGUGCCAAUCCAACAGGCCAAUCGUAUUUCUUCCAUGCAUGAUUUUGGUUAUGUUGCCCUGGACAUGAAAUAUGUCAAUCCAGAAGAUUCUGGAACUUAUACCUGCCGUGCCACUAAUCGUUUAGGCCAGGCUGUCACCUCAGCUUCACUUGUUGUCUCUUCCAAGGAAUCUCUCCUUAUGGAGUCUCAGCAUUCUGAGGCUUUAGAAAAGCUUCGCCAUUUGGAAGAUUCUUCUCGCUACACGAAGUCAACCACUGAAGAGACUAUCAUCACACAGGCUCCCAGGUUUGUGGUACAGCUCUCUGGACUCAGGGAACUAUGGGAGGGACAGAGUGCCCACGUUGAAUGUCGACUUGAACCAUAUCCUGACCCUAGCAUGAAGGUUGAAUGGUUCCACAAUGGUAAAUCUCUUCAGAUCGGACACAGGUUCAGAACCAUGUAUGACUUUGGUUUCUGUGCCAUGGAUAUCCUACAAGCUGUAGCCGAAGAUUCUGGUACCUACGAGGUCCGUGCCACCAACAGGCUUGGCACUGCUACAUCUUCCAUUACCAUUCAAGUUAAACCCAAGAGUGAUUUCAUCAUAGACACCCAGCAUCCAGAAGCUAUGGCAAAGAUCACUCGCCUUGAGCAGAAGGCUCCAUCAAAGCUUCCCGAGGACACUAUGAUUGUUGAGAAACCCAACUUUGGCCGUGCCCUAAGGAACCAAGACCACCUGAUGGAAGGUCAAGCCAUUCAUAUGGAAGCUACGCUCACCCCUGUGAAUGACCCAACCAUGAAGGUUGAAUGGUUCUUCAAUGGUCAACCUAUUCCUUCAGGCCAUCGCUUCCGUACUACAUAUGACUUUGGCUUUGUGGCACUCGAUGUUCUUUACGCCUACCCAGAGGACUCUGGCACCUACAUGUGCAAGGCCACGAACGCUGCUGGCCAGGCUGUCACCUCAUGCAGCAUCCGAGUGGAGGCAACCAAAGGCCUCCAGUCCGAAACCUUGGACGAGGAGCGCAUGCGCAAGAUUCGUCAGCUGGAGGCUAUGGGCCAGAGGGCAGAAGAGGCUAAAGAAAUUGUCUUCCAGAAGCCUGUGUUCACUACUCCCCUUACAAGUGUUGACAACAUCGUCGAGGGUGAGAGGUGUCACUUGGAGUGUCGUCUGGAGCCUAUCAAUGACCCUAACCUCAAGGUCGAGUGGUUCGUCAAUGGAGUCGAGAUCAAAGCUGGUCACCGAUUCCGUACCACUCACGAUUUUGGUUAUGUUGCCCUCGAUAUCCUCUACGCCUACGCCGAGGACUCCGGCAACUACCUCUGCAAGGCCACGAACAAGAUGGGCGAGGCUGUUAACUCUUGCAGCGUUAGAGUCUCCGCUCGUCGCUCCAUCUACUUGGACACCCAACACCCCAUGGGCUGGGAAAAGAUCCAGAACCUGGAACAGCGCGGACGAUACGAGAGGAUCGAAGUGUCUGAAGCGCCUCAGAUCGCUCCUCGUUUCACAUCUGAGCUCAGAGGCGUCUCCAUGCUGACCGAGGGACAUUACGCCCACUUGGAAGGCCGCAUCGAACCUGUGCAUGAUCCAACCAUGAAGGUCGAGUGGUACCACAACGGCAAGGCUCUGCAGUCCGCCGCUCGUUUCCAUACCACCUUUGAUUUCGGUUACGUCGCCCUUGAUAUCACCACCGUCUACGCCGAGGACUCUGGCGAGUACGUCUGCCGCGCUGUCAAUCACAUGGGCGAGGCAACUUCGUCCUUCAGCUUCAAAGUGGAGGGCAAAGAAGGCGUCGUCUAUGAGUCAGCUCACCCAGAGGGUCUGGAAAAGAUCCGCGAGCUGGAAGAUACUGCCAAGUUUGGCCGACAGGUCUCAGAAGAAACCCGUACCUUCCAGCGCCCAGUAUUCACUCAGCCACUUCAGAAUCUGGACAACUUGACCGAGGGAGAGACAGCCCACUUCGAGUGCCGUCUCAUCCCGGUCGGAGACCCCAACCUCAAGGUUGAAUGGUUCAGAAAUGAAAAGCCAAUUGAGACAAGCUCUCGAAUCAACCGUACCCACGACUUCGGCUACGUGGCCCUUGACAUCACGGGCGUACGUGCCGAUGACGAGGGCAUUUACAUGUGCCGUGCUUACAAUGACCUCGGUGAAGCCGUCACUACUGCUUCCAUUAAGAUUAGAUCCCAUGCUAACAUCCAGCUUGACAGCCAGCAUCCAGAGGGUAUGCGUAAGAUCCAGGCUCUGGAGGAACGCAAGAUGGUCGGAAAGGAAGAUGAGGGUGAUAAGGUUUAUGAUAAGCCUGUUUUCACCUCCACGCUGACCGGGCCCUCCCAAAUUCUGGAGGGACAGAGUGCUCACUAUGAAUGUCGUGUUGUGCCUGUGGGUGACCCCAGCAUGAGAUACGAAUGGUACUGCAAUGGAGUCGAACUCAAGAUGGGCUCAAGGUUCAAGACUACAGCGGACUUUGGCUACGUAACCCUUGACAUCUUGCAGGCUGUUGCUGAGGACUCUGGUGUUUACAUGUGCAAAGCUAUCAAUAAUGCUGGAGAGGCAGUCAGCUCUUGCACAACCAGGGUUGUUGCUAAGGACAGCAUUCUGGGCGACGCCCUUCAUCCCGGAUGGGAGACCAUCAAGCUCAGGGAAACUCAGUGGAACAGGGUCCCAGAGACGCCCACUUCACCCGAGUCCCUGGAGCCUCCAAUGUUUACCAAACAUCUGGAAAGCCACGAACGCCUCCAGGAAGCUGGCAAUGUACGCUUAGAGGCCCAAGUUCAGCCCGCCCACGACCCCCACCUCAGCAUCGAAUGGUUCAAGAAUGGCAUCCAGCUGGCCACAGGUCCUGGAGGCAUAGUGGGAUCCUACAACGAAGGUACUCGAGUUCGCAGCACAUUUGACUUCGGUCAUGUGACUCUUGAGAUCUCUGGCCUUCGUGAAAAUGACUCCGGUAUCUAUACCUGCAAGGCUGUUAACCGAGUGGGAGAAGCUGUGUCCACAUGCAACAUCAAGGUCUUCGACCGUGAUUGGCUCAUUGGUGAGUCUGUCCAUCCAGGAGCUCUUUCCAAGAUUGCCAAGCUUGAAGAACCUUCAGCAGCCCCAGAAGCUCCUGCAGAGCCUACUUAUGAUGUUCCUGUGUUCAUUUCUCACCUCAACAACGUUGAGUGUCGUGAGGGUGACACGGCUCACUUUGAGUGCAAGGUCGAACCUUCUCGUGACCCCACCAUGAAGAUUGAUUGGUUCAUCAAUGGUAAGCCAAUGCAGGCCGCCUCCCGCUAUGCCGCAACUUAUGACUUCGGGUUUGUCUCUCUCGACUGCACCCACUGCUAUGCUGAAGACUCCGGCAUUUACAUGUGCCGCGCCACUAACUCCAAGGGCUCAGCCUCCACCACAGGCACUCUCAAGUGUCUGAGCAAGGCUAACCUCUAUUUCGACACCCAGCAUCCGCAGGGCAGAGCUGGUCUUGAAAAGGUUGAAGAGGCUGAGCGUGCCUACUGGGCAAAGUACCAGAGGCAGAUGUCUGAAAAGGAAGUCACCUUCCCCAAACCAUUCUUUGUCAGGCCUCUGCAGACCAACUUCUCUCUUAAUGAGAACCAGGCUUUGCAUAUGGAGGCCAAUGUGGAGCCUAAGCAAGAUCCUGACUUGAAGAUCGAAUGGUUCUUGAAUGGCAAGGUCCUGGAGCAGGCCUCUCGCUAUAAGACAAGCUAUGACUUUGGUCUGGUAACCCUUGACCUUAGCGAUGCUUAUGAACGUGACCAGGGCAUCUACACUUGCCGUGCUUUCAACAAGGCUGGAGAAGCAUACUGUACAACUACAGUUGUGGUGGGAAGCAAGGAUGUCCUUAUCGAAGACACACAGCACCCUGCUGGAGAAGCUGGACUUGAAGCCAUUCAUCGUAUGGAGAACAAACUGCGCCGUGAUGAUCGUGAACUGCCUGAUGAGGAAGGUCACCCACCUGUAUUUACUGUACCAUUCAAGGAUCUAAACAACAUUGAAGAAGGUGAGAUUGCUCACUUUGAGGCAAUGCUUACUCCUGUUGGUGAUCAGUCUAUGAAAGUUGAAUGGUUCUUCAAUGGUGAGCCACUCAAGGCCUCACAUAGAGUGCGCACUGUGUAUGCCUUUGGAAUGGUUGUCCUUGAGAUCAUUGGUUCUAAGAUCUCGGACUCUGGUGUUUACACAUGCCGUGCUUCUAACAAGUGGGGCACAGCUGAAUGCUCAGUCAAGUUUGAAUGUGUGGAUCGUGCUCAUGGCCAGCCACCCAAGUUCACUUCUCAUAUCCAGAGCUUGGAAGGCCUUAAAGAUGGAGACUCAGCCCACUUUGAAUGCACCCUAAUUCCAAUUGGUGAUCCUAACAUGAAGGUUGAAUGGUUCCAUAAUGGUGAACCUUUGCGCAAUGCUACUCGUAUCAAGACUGUCAGUGACUUUGGAUUUGUUGUGCUGGAUAUUGCCUACCUGCAGAAUCAUGAUGCUGGUGAAUGGUUAUGUAAAGCUUCCAACAAGUACGGUGAAGAUACAACCAAGGCAUUCCUCAAUUGUCAUGGCAUGGGUGGAGUCUACACUGAUUCUCUCCAGCCUGGUUCCCUCGAUAAGAUUGCUGCACUUGAAGGUCAUAAGGUUGAUCUCAAGGCAGUUACUUCACCUACAGCAGCUGAGCCACCUAAGUUUAUCACUCAGAUUUCCAACAUUGAAAGAUUAGUUGAAGGCCAGAGCGCUCACUUUGAAGCUCGCCUAAAGCCUGUAAAUGACCCCAACCUUGUUGUUGAGUGGUACAAGGAUGGAAAGAAACUGCCCUCUGGCCACCGCUACAGGACUUUCCAUGACUUUGGUAUUGUCAUCCUUGACAUUUUGUACUGCUAUGAAGAAGACUCAGGUGUUUAUGAAGCACGUGCUGUUAAUAAGCUAGGUGAAGACAAGACAUCUGCCAAUCUGAAGUGCCUAAGCAAGACAAAUCUUAUUUUGACUCCUCAAAUUCCAAAGGAAAUGGCAGGCGGACUUCAGAAACUCCAGACUCUUGAAGAUUCAGCCUGGAUGAGGAAAGACUCUACCAUGGCUGAGAGGGUAGGCAUGGCACCCAAAUUCACAGUUCCCUUAAGUAAUAUCGACAGCAUGAAGGAGGGUGAAAACGCACACUUUGAAGCUCGGUUAGUUCCCACUGAUGAUCCUCGUCUGAAAGUGGAAUGGUACUGGAAUGGCAAGCCAAUGAAGUAUAGCUCUCGCAUUCGCCAGUUCUGUGACUUUGGCUUUGUGAUCAUGGAGGUAUCUCCAAUUUAUCCGGAAGACUCUGGUGAAUAUAUGUGCAGAGCCUACAAUGACUUUGGUGAGGCUGUAACGAAGGCCUAUCUUAAAUGUGAAGGUAAGAGGUCUAUUAUUCUUGAAAGUCAGUUACCAAAAUCUAUGCAGAAGGGCAUGGAAAGAAUUGCUGAGCUUGAAGGCCUUAUGAUUAAGUCACCUGAUAUGCCAACACCAACAGAUGCUGGGCAACCUCCACAGUUUAUCACAACACCAAAGGAUGUCCAGAUCUUAGAGAACCAGCUUGCUCAUUUCGAGUGUCGUCUUCUCCCUGUAGGUGAUCCAAACCUUCGUGUUGAAUGGUAUCACAAUGGAAGACCUCUUUCAGCAGGUUCACGCAUCAAGACUAUUAAUGACUUUGGAUAUGUUAUCCUUGAAAUGGCCAAUUGUUAUGGCAGAGAUGGUGGUACUUAUACUUGCAGAGCAAUCAACAAGCAUGGUGAAGCGUCUGUUGAAUGCAAGCUUGUUGUUGCUAGCAAGAGCUCAAUUAUUCUAGAGCCUCAGGCUACACAGAGGUACAAGGACUGCACAGAAUCUAUUCAGAAGCUUGAAGAGAGCAUGUACAAGAAGGAAGCAGCUCCAUUAGAGGAAGAAAAACCAGCUCCACCAAGGUUUGUUACUGAUCUACAAGACAUCAACGAUUUGGUUGAAGGUCAACCAGCUCACUUUGACUGCAGAGUAGAGCCUGUUGGUGAUUCUUCCAUGAGAAUUGAGUGGUUCCACAAUGGAAUGCCUCUUGCAGCUGGCUCUCGUGUACAUAUGAUGGAUGACUUUGGCUUUGUUGUGCUUGAUCUAGAAUGGACCUUUGCACGUGAUAGUGGUGAGUACAUUUGCCGUGCUACCAACAAAUGGGGAAUGGCCACCACCAAAGCCGUUAUGAAUGUUCGCUCUAAGCAUGGUGUGGAUCUUAGCACACAACUUCCUCAGGGAAUGACAGCUGAAAAGCUCAAGGAGUUGGAACGAGGUCCAUUGACAGAGAAAUAUGAAGCUGAUCUCGAAAUGAUAGCUCCUAGAUUCACAGUUCCUAUUAAAAACCAAAUGAUGGAAGAAGGUGAGAGAGCAUUCUUCGAGGCCAGAGUAGAGCCUCGUAAUGAUCCCAACCUUCGCAUUGAGUGGUACAAGGAUGGCAAACCCUUACAGAGUGGUCAUCGCUUCAGGACUAUGUUUGAACUUGGUCAUGUCACACUGGAACUUCUUCAUACAUAUGCUGAAGAUUCCGGUGAAUACACUUGCCGUGCUGUAAACAAGCUUGGUCAAGAUCUCACAAGAGCUACUUUGAAAUCUAGAGCAAGCCAGCUUGUGAUUAUUCAGUCCCAGGUUCCAAAGGGAAUGAAGACUGGACAAGACUUUGCUUCACAAAUGGAGGAAACCUUGAAGAAGUACUGCAAGGAAGUCAUGCUCACUGCAGAGGAUAUCUAUGAUUCUGAGAAGAGGCAGCCUCCUCGUUUUGUCACACACAUCAAAGAUGUCAAGGACCUAAAAGAAAUGGAAGAAUGCAAAUUUGACUGCCAGUUAGCUCCAGUUGGUGAUCCCAACAUGAAGGUUGAAUGGUUCUUCAAUGGUCGUCCUCUCCCAUAUAAGAAUCGCCUUACCCCCAUUUAUGACUUUGGUUACGUUGCUCUUAUCAUGAACUGGGUAUUUGGUGAAGACUCUGGUGAAUACCUCUGCAGAGCUACCAAUAAGUGGGGUAUGGAUGAAACUAGAGCUACCCUCAAGGCUCAAGGACGUCCAGGUGUCAUUUAUGAUUCUCAGAUUCCCAAAGGAAUGCAUUCUCUUGACAAGAUCAGAGAACUUGAGGCUUCCUGGCAACAGGCCCCAGAUGCUGCCACUGAAGAGGAAAAGCCUCGGGUGAAGCCAGACGUAUUGAAGAAGCCAGAGAGCUUAGUUGUACAGGAAGGAGACUGGGCUCGUUUCAGUAUCCGCGUAUCAGGUCAUCCUAAGCCAAGAGUCAUGUGGAUGGUCAAUGGCAGCACAGCCAUGAGCGGUGCCCGUUUCAAGAUCUGGUAUGAUGGUAUGUUCCACUUAGACAUUCCCAAGACUCGUCAGUACGACAAUGGUAAGGUUGAAGUCAUCUGCAAGAACUCUCUUGGUGAAGCUUAUGCAAGCUGUGACCUCACAGUGAAGCCUAGGCAAGAUGAUUAUCGUGCAGUCCUCAAGAGCUCUCCUAAACCCUGGUAUGACUAUGACCUCAAGAGUUACCAGAAAGAGAGGCAGGAGUCAGAACUGGACAGAGCCUUUGAGGAGAGGAUUGACAGUGAAUACUCAAUCCUCCAUGAAUCUAAGUUUGGUGAAUACAUGGCCAGGCCAAUUGAUAAGACUGAAGAGACAGAGUGGCAGAAAUUGGCCCGAAGCAAAAAUGCUGGCGAAAAGAUUAAGGAGCUUGAGAACACACAGAGGAUUAAGGGUCGUCAUAAGGAAGGACAUAUGUUUGCAUCGCCAGUCGAGCAAGCAAGCAGACAUUCACUUGCCAAGGGAAUGGCAUCUCGCUAUGAAGAAUCUCUGGAAUCCAAGGAUGUCCAACUGGACGAUUCCACUAUGUAUCACAGGGAACCCGAACCUUCAGAAUCCACCGUCCAUGGCAAAGAAAUUCACACAUCAACCCAAAAACAGACCCAAAAGGAAAUCCAGGGUGAUCUUGAAAUCACUCGGAAGAUCACAGCAACCGAGACCACGGAAAUGGAGCACAAAGGCAAGACAACUGAGCGCGUCGUUCAAGGUCCACCUCAGAAGCCUGCCAAGCCUCCAUUCUUCACUAAGAAGAUCCAGCCCUGCAGAGCUUUUGAAAGGGAAGGCGCCCGCUUUGAUGUUGAGUUUGAUGGCGAGCCUAAUCCUACCAUCCAGUGGUAUCGUGAAGACUUCCCUAUCACAAGCUCUCCUGAUUUCCAAAUCCAUACCUUUGGCGAUCGUAGCAUCUUGAUCAUUCGCGAAGUGUUCAUGGAAGACUCCGGCGUGUUUGCCUGCGUCGCUGAAAACAGGGGAGGACGGGCCAAGUGCUCAGCAAAUCUGGUGGUUGAAGAGAAGAAACAAACCCGCGCUGGUGUCAUCCCACCAAGUUUCACGCAGACAAUCCAAGACACACAUGCCACACCUGGCAGCUUAGUGAGACUUGAUUCCAAAAUCCAUGGCACCCAGCCCAUCGACACCUACUGGUUAAAGAAUGGCCGAAAGUUGACGCAGGACUCACAUCAUAAGAUGGUCAGAGAAGACGAUAACUACACUCUUCUGAUCAUCGAGGCUGUGCCGGAGGACAGUGCCUCCUACGAGUGUGUGGCCAUCAACAAGGCAGGUGAAGCAAGAUGCCAAGCAAACGUGGAGGUCGCAGGAAUUCGUCCACCCAAGACCCCGCACCACCCAAAAACACCUGUUGGUGCCCCACAGCCACCGCAGAUUCAGCAGAAACUCAAGUCCUUGAGCGUCCAAGAAGGACAAGGCGCUGUAUUCGAGUGCAUCAUUUCAGCGUCACCGAGACCAACCAUACAAUGGUACAAGGGCAAACAGCUCAUCAAGCACAGCAAAUACUUCUCAAUGACUUCUGAUGAAGACCAUUAUGCCCUGAGGAUUUCUCAGGCUUUCCCUGAAGAUGAAGGCACUUACUACUGCAUUGCAACCAAUAAUUCUGGCAAGUGCACUCUUGAAGCUAAACUGCAGGUGGUCCAACCCCAGCAUGUUGAAGAACCACCCACGGUAGCGUCCCUCGAACCCGUGACCGUCGAAGAGGGUGAAGGCGUGCGUUUCAAUACCGUCGUUACUGGGUCACCCGCUCCGACAGUCCAGUGGUACCGAGAGGGCGCUCUCAUCCCACACUCAAGAGAUUUCGAAAUGUUUAUUGAAGGCAACACGGCGGUCUUGGACAUCAAAGUCACAUACCCGGAGGACACCGGAACCUUCACUUGCCGGGCAACAAACUCUGCUGGGCAAGCCGAGACCUCCGCCAUGCUAACCGUCCAAAGUACUUACGUAGAAGAGGAGGACCAUGCAAGGCUAACGAGGAGAACAAUGCAGAAGGAGUCUAGAAGACAUCGUUGGGUUUCACCCAGCCCUGCUCGGUGGUUCUCGAGAAGUCCCGCCAGGCGCAUGAACGAAGAGGAACUAGAUAGGAAGAAGAAGGUGGCUGCGCCAUGGCUAGUCGAGAAAAAGAAGGAGGACAUCUCUCAAGCUGCUCUUAGGCUCAAGAAAGCUGAAUGGAGAGGUGACCGUAAAGAAAGUGAGAAGUAUGAAAUACCCAAAGUGGAACUCAAGAAAUCGAAACCGAAUAAAUUUGUACCAGAACAGCAGAAGCUUGAAUCAGUUCAGCUUGCUCGCGUGGAGAAACCCAAAAUUGUAGUAUCUGGGAAAGAGGGAGAAGACGCUCAGAGCCCCGAAUCUGAUUAUUAUGAAUCAUAUGAUGAGAUUAGUGAUGGUGAGUAUGGUGACUUUGGAGAAGAGGAAACACCAGAUCGAGAGCCAGAAAAGAGAGGAAAGGUUCAGUUCCAGAAGGAAAGAUACCAAAGAAAACAUCCAGGGAAGACUAUGCCUAAAGAUGGCAGAAGACGAAAAGUAAGACGUAAGGAACAAGUAGAACAACCUGAGGGAGAAGAACCUUCAUGGAGGGUAAAACGGGUUCAGCCAAAGGAUCAAGACAAGGAAAAUGUAACUCUUAAGCCAUUUACCAAGGACAAGUCUGUAGAAUCAACUACUGAUGAAACAGAUGCAGGAGACAGGCAGAAACCUUUAGGGGUUAAACGAUCUCAGAAAGAGAGGUUGGAACCUGAGAAAUUUAUUUUGCCAAAAGUACAGCUGAGAAAAACUCAAAAGACUCAGUUGCCUGCAGAUGAUACCAGGUUGGAAGAAGUUGAACUCAACCAAAUUGAACAGCAAAAGAAGCAAGAGGAAGAACAGGAUGAAAUGGUUAAUGAAGAGCCAUUAAAAUAUGAUAGGUGGGGUCGGCCGAUUCCUGAGCCCAAGGAAGGAGAGAAGAAGCAAAAAGAAAAAAGAAUGCCUAGCAAGGAUAGGUGGAAGCCAGACAAAACCGAAGAGGAAAAAAGACUUCCUCCUUGGAGAGUGAAGAAAAUUACUCCCAAGGAAGAGGAAACAGAAGAUAUAAAUCUAAAGCCUUUCAGCAAAGAAAAGCCUGACUCUAAACCUGUUGAUUCAGAAGUAACACCUUUUGAAUCUCAGGAGAAGCCUGAUUAUGGCAAGGCAAUAGAUGAGACUGAGAAUGAAAGAGAAGAGUCAGGCCGUCCGCCAUUUGCAAGGGCCCAACUUAAGCCAGGGAGAAGGACUCCAAUAGAAAAACCUGUUAAGGAAGAAUUUUCAAUUCCUAAGAUUGAACUGAAAAAAACUGUACCUAAGAAGUUUGUUCCUGAACAAGAGAAACUUGAGUCUGUUGAGUUAGCUCAUGUAGAGAAGCCAAAGAAACCAAGGCCAGAGAAAGAAAAGAGAGAAUGGAGUCCCAUGGGUGAUUUUGAAAAAUAUUCACCAGAGGAAAUACCUGAUGGAGAGCCAGCUGACCUUGAAACACCCGAUAGGUUUAAGCCUGGAGAAAAGAAAAGAGAUAAGCCUGAACCAGGCAAAGAUACACAUAAACCAACUGAAGAGCGACCAAUGCCCUUUAAAGAUGAAGCUAAACCAAGGAAAGAUAGAACAAAGCCAGAGAAAGAAGAUGAAGAAACAGAAGUUCCAUCAUGGAGAGUUAAAAGAGUAAAACCUAAAGAAGAAGAAAAGGAAACAGUGGAACUUAAACCGUUUAAAAAGGACACUACCAAGGAACCCAAAGCUCCUCCUAAAACUAAGUUAGGUCAACAUUAUGAGCCUAAAUUACCCCAGAAAGAUGAAAUUGACUUGCAACCUUUUGAGAAAACAGGCAGAGAGGUUCCGGCGCCUGAUAAACACGACAAGGAAGGCUUCUAUGAUAAGGAAGACAUUCCCCAAGAUGAUCUGGAGAAAGACAAGGAUGCAAAGCCUGAAAAGGUUCAGCUAAAACCAGGUAAAAAACCAAAGAGAGAAAUUCCACCGAAGGAAGAGUUUUCUAUACCCAAAGUAGAACUUAAGAAAACUGUUCCUAGGAAAUUUGUACCUGAGAAGGUUACACUAGAGAAUGUAGACUUAGACCAUGUAGAAAAGCAGAAGGCGCCCAAACCCGCCAAAGAAAAAAGAGAAUGGAGUCCUUUACCUGAAUCUGAUCGUUAUGAACCAGCAGAGAUUCCAGAGGGAGAACCAACUGACUUGGAAAGCUAUGAAAAAUAUAGACCUAAGGAAGACCUAAAAGAUGAGCCAGAGCGUGAUAAAGAUAGAUACCAACGAACGCCAAAAGAUAAAACAGAAUCAGAGGAAGAAAGAUUGCUCAAGCUUGGUAAAGGUAAGCCACAGCCUAAAGAAGAAGACGAAGAAGUGAAACGAAAGCCCAUUAGAAGAUUACCCAAACCUGAGGAAGAGGAGCGAGAAGUACCAAAUUUGAAGCCAAUUCCUAGAAAAAAGACAGAGCCUGAUGAGAAAAAGACGACACCUCUUGGAAAACUAAAAAAGCCACAUGAAGACAUUCCAGAUAGAGAGCCUGUUGAACUUAAGCCGUUUGACAGGACGAAGACUGAUCUUCCUGACAGAGAACCUGUUAAGUUAGAAAAACCACAAAAACUUCCACCAGGUGUCAAAGAUACUCCAGUUGAUGAGCCUCUUUUGUCAAAGCCUGUCAAAGAAGAUGAGCCAAUAGAAGAAAAAGAUAAGAAACCCAAAAAGGAUAGAACGAAGCCAGAAAAGGAGGAGGAAGAACAAGUACCAUCAUGGAGAGUUAAGAGACUGCCUCCUAAAGAAGAAGAUAAAGAAGAAAUUACCCUUAAACCAUUCAAGAAGGAUAAACCUGAUAAACCUAAACCAAAGCCAGAAUAUAAACCUGGUAAACCUUAUGAACCUGAAAUUCCAGAACCAGAGAGAACUCCAUUAGAACCGUAUGAAAAAGGAGAGAGAGAUAAAAUUCCUAAAGAUGAAGACUUCGAAAAGCCACAAGAUAAAGGAAAGCCAAGUGAUAAAGAUAAAGAUGAGAAGCCCGAUUUUGGAAAAAUGCAGCUAAAACCAAGUAAAAGGCAGCAACUACCACCUCCUCCAAAAGAGGAAUUCUCUAUUCCUAAAAUAGAGCUUAAGAAGACUGUCCAAAAGAAAUUUGUUCCUGAGGAAGUGACACUCGAAAAAGUAGAGCUUGAUCAUGUGGAUAAGCCAGAAGAACCAAAGCCAGAAAGGGAGAAACGGGAAUGGACUCCAGUACCUGAGUAUGAAACAUAUGCCCCAGAAGAGAUCCCUGACAGGGAACCUGUAGAGCUAGAAGAUUAUGAGAAGUACAUUCCUCCAGAACAAGAGAAAGAAGAGGAGGAGCCCGAAAGAGGCAAAUUUGAACGUAAACCCAAAGAAAAAGAAGAGUCUGAAGAAAAGAAACCUUUCAAACGUGGAAAGGGAAAGCCAAGACCUGAGGAAGAGGAAGAAGAAGCAAGAAGAUUGAGGCCGGUUAAACGAUUACCUAAACCACCUGAGGAGGAACAGGAGAAACCUCAGCUAAAGCCAAUUCCUAAAAAGAAAGCAGAGCCGGAAGAAAAAGAGGAUACCACCCGAAGAAAGCCAAAGGUAUCACCAAAAGAUAUUCCUGAUAGAGAGCCCGUAGAAUUAAAACCAUUUGAGAGGACGACACCAGUGAUUCCAGAAAAAGAGAAGGUAGAUCUCGAGAAUCCUUGGAAGAUGCCGUCCACCCCUAAAGAUCUUCCAUCCAAGGAACCUGAAAUUCCAAAACCCAAAGACAAAGAAGCACUUCCAGAAGAUGACGAAAAGUCAAGGAAACCAAGAACAAAACCAGAAAAGAAAGAUGAAGAGCCUGAAACGCCUUCAUGGAGGAUUAAACGGCUUCCACCUAAGGAGGAAGAAAAAGAGGAUGUCAAAUUAAAGCCUUUCAAGAAAGAAAAACCAGAGGAGCCUAAGCCUAAACCUAAAACCAAACCUCGUAAGCCAUAUGAACCAGAAAUUCCUGAGCCAGAACCUACUCCAAGAGAGCCUUACGAGAAACCUGAGAGGGAAAAAGUGCCUGAUGAAGUCCCCAAACCUCUCACCAAAGAGGAAGACGGAGAACCUGAACCUGGAAGAGAACCGAAAGAUAAGAAAGAGAGAAAGAAACCAGAAAAGGAUGAAGAACCCGAAACACCUUCCUGGAGGAUAAAGCGACUACCACCCAAGGAUGAGCCGAAGGAGGAUAUAACACUGAAACCUUUCAAGAAGGAUAAACCAAAAGAACCAAAGCCACCUCCCAAGGAUAAACUGGGUAGACCUUAUGAACCAGAGAUUCCUGAACCAGAACCUGUGCCGCGUGAACCAUUUGAAAAGCUAGAAAAAGAGAAGGAGCCAAAGGUUAAGCCAGAUAAGCCAGAAAAGAUUCCUGAACCACAAAAGGAAAAGCCACAAGAACCUGAAAAACCAAAAUUAAGACCAAUGAAGAAGCCACAAAAGGAAAAAGAACCAAAAGAAGAAUUCACAAUUCCAAAAGUACAACUUAAGAAAACGACACAAAAAGUUUUUGUACCAGAAGAAGUCAAGCUUGAAACUGUAGAACUUGAUCAUGUAGAGACACCGGAAGAGCCAGAGGAAGUUAGGGAAAAACGGGAGUGGACGCCAAUUCCUGAAUAUGAAACUUACGCUCCCGAAGAAAUACCAGAAAAAGAACCUGUGGAGCUCGAGCAGUAUGAGAAAUAUGUCCCGCCAGAAAGGGAGGAAGAUGGUAAAGAGCCUGACAAAGGUAAAUAUGAGCGCAAGCCAAAAGAAACAGAGGAGCCUGAAGAAAAGAAGCCCUUUAAGCGCGGAAAGGGAAAACCAAGACCAGAGGAAGAACCAGAAGAACCAUUUAAACUGAAACCAGGUAAGCGUUUACCCAAGCCUCCUGAGGAGGAAGAAGAGAAGCCUCAAUUGAAACCCAUCCCUAAAAAGAAACCAGAACCAGAGGAAAAAGAAGAUACUUCUCGAAGAAAACCAAAGGUCCUACCCAAAGAUAUUCCUGAGAGAGAACCUGUAGAACUGAAACCUUUUGAGAGAACCAAACCCGAGAUCCCAGAGGGAGAAAAGGUCAAAUUAGAGAAACCAGUAAAGCCUGAGCCGAAGCCCAAAGAACCUGUAUCAGAAGAACCUACACCGCCUGAACCAACCAAACAGGAGACUUACCCAGAGGAAGAUGAAAAGCAAAGAAAACCAAGAACAAAACCGGAAAAGAAAGAGGAAGAACCUGAAGCACCAUCAUGGCGAAUAAAACGAGUUCCACCCAAGGAAGAAGAAAAAGAAGAUGUCAAGCUCAAACCUUUCAAGAAAGACAAACCAGAGGAGCCCAAACCAAAGCCUAAAACUAAACCACGCAAACCAUAUGAACCAGAAAUUCCUGAGCCAGAGCCAACUCCAAGAGAACCAUAUGAAAAGCCUGAAAAGGAGAAAGAAACUGGUGAAGUCCCUAAACCUCCGGCCAAAGAGGAAGAUAAGGAACCUGAACCUGACAAAGAACCGAAGGAAAAGAGAGAAAGAAAGAAGCCAGACAAGGAUGAGGAACCUGAAGCGCCUUCUUGGAGGAUAAAGCGACUUCCACCCAAAGACGAACCGAAGGAGGAAAUUACGCUGAAACCAUUUAAAAAGGAUAAGCCAAAAGAACCUGAACCACCUCCCAAGGAUAAACUAGGUAGACCCUAUGAGCCAAAGAUUCCAGAACCAGAACCAACACCAAGGGAACCAUUUGACAAGCCAAAAAGGCAAAAGAAACCUGACAAAGUUCCUCAGCCUGAAACAGAACCCACACCACAACCUGAAGAAGAAAAAGAAGAAGAAAAGCCCGAGGAAAAACCUGAGGAUAAGGUGGACGAGUUUGAGAAAGUGAAACUCAAACCAAGUAAGAGGCCUAAGAAGGAGAAGCUUGUCAUUGAAGAGUUCUCAAUACCCAAAAUACCUUUAAGGAAAACGGUGCAGAAUGAAUUUGUUCCACAGGAAGUGAAACUAGAGACUGUUGAGUUAGAUCACGUAGAAUUCCCUGAGGAGCCGGAGGAAGUAAGGGAAAAGCGUGUAUGGACACCUCCGCCUGAGUAUGAAACUUACAUUCCAGAAGAAAUUCCAGAAAAAGAACCCGUUGAACUGGAACAAUAUGAAAAAUAUAUUCCAGAGCCAUUGCCUAAGGAUGAGAAGGAACCUGAAAAGGACAAAUACCAACGCAAGCCAAAAGAUAAACCUGAACCAGAAGAAGGCAAAGGUUUCAAACGUGGUAAAGGAAAGCCAAAGCCUGAGGAAGAGGAGGAACCAUUCAAGCUAAAGCCGGUUAAACGUCUACCUAAACCUGAGGAAGAAACUGAGAAACCUCAGCUGAAGCCUAUUCCCAAGAAGAAGCCAGAGCCAGAAGAGAAGGAAAAGACGCCCCUUAAGACUCCUAAGAGACCACCAAAGGACCUUCCAGAACGUGAACCUGUAGAGUUACAGCCAUUUGACAGACAUAAGCCAGAGGUGCCAGAGAAAGAAAAGCCUGAGCUUGAGAAGCCUUUGAAACCAGAACCUAAACCAAAGGAAAAGCCUUCAGAACCCGAAGUUCCAAAGCCACCAGAAAAAGAACCCGUUCCUGAAGAAGAAAUUGAGAAACCAAAGAAAGUCAGGGAAAAACCGAAAAAGGAAGAGGAGGAACCUGAGCCACCUUCAUGGAGGGUAAAACGACUGCCUCCUAAGGACGAGGAAAAGGAAGACAUUACGUUAAAGCCAUUCAAAAAGGACAAGCCAGAAGAGCCAAAACCACCACCAGAGCCUAAGCCUAGAAAACCAUAUGAACCCAAGAUUCCAGAGCCAGAGAAACCUCCACGCGAACCUUACCAACCUCCCCAGAAAGAAAAAUCACCUGAAAAAGAGCCAGAGCAAGAGCCAGAGAAGCAGCCUGAGCCUAAGAAACCCAAGAAACCAAAAAAGAAGCCCGAAAAGCCUGAAGAGGUGGAGCCAGAGAAAGAAGAGCCAAAGCCUGUCGAAUUGGUUCCACAGCAGCCUGAGCCUGAAAAGCCCCCGAAGAUUAUUAUCGAUAUCAAGAAGAAAAAGGAAGAGUAUCAACAGUUGGAUAUCACCACGAAAUCGACGAAGAUCGUAACGGAGAAGAAAGAGACGGUGGUGAAGUCUCUGAAACGUGAGUACCAAAAGCCAAAAGACAUAGAGCAGAUCCCGCCAUUCUUCACCAAAAUCCUGGAGCCAGUUAUCACCAAACCCGCCCAGAAAUCAGUCUUUACUUGCGAGGUCCGAGGUCAUCCUCCACCCGAAAUUAAAUGGUACUUCAACAGUAUCGAAAUCCAGCCCAAUAACAACAUCAGCCUUUGCUACGAAAACAGAAUUUCCACCCUUACUAUCAUUCGCCCAACCGAGGAAGAUGAAGGCAUGUACACGUGCGAGGCCAUCAAUGAAGCCGGGAAGGCCACUACGAUGUCCAACUUAGCGAUGGAAGCCCGAAGCAAAGAUAAACCACGGGGAGAACCACCGAAGUUUGUGGUACCACUUCAGCCACUUCAGGUCAAACAUGGCUCAAAGGUGGUGCUGGAAGCCACAGUGCGAGGACAACCGACCCCUCGGGUCCUGUGGUAUCAUCUCGAUAAAGAAGUGGCUCCGUCCGAGGAGUUCAUCCAAGAACACGAUGAAACUACGGGACGAGUCAGUCUUACAAUCAGAGAAAUCUUCAUUGAUGACAAAGGUCUUUAUCGCUGCGUGGCAGUAAACCAAUAUGGCCGCGAUGAGACUGCUUCAUACAUUACCGUCGAAGACAUCGAGAUGCUGGAGAAAUGUGAACUGCGUCAGGCACCGCGGAUCACACUUCCCCUGCAGGCCCAGGUGGCUAAGACGGGAUCUUCCCUUGACUUGCUUGCUCGCUAUGAGGCCUUCCCACCACCUACAAUCAAGUGGUAUCACCAGGGUAAGGAACUAAAGCCCUCACGUGACUUUUUAAUCGAACAUACCGACGACGAAACGAGCCUUCAUGUUGACGAAAUAUUCGAAGAAGACUCUGGGGAAUACGAAGUUCGAGUCUUCAACGAAGCUGGUGAAGCCAGAUCCGUAGCUACGGUUAUAGUCAUAAAGCCUCAAGAAGUAAUCGAAAUGGAACCUCCGAAAUUCAUUAAACCACUUCAGCCUCAGAUAGUUCCAGAGGGUGAAGUAGCCAUUUUAGAAGCUGAAGUUACAGCUAAACCAGAGGCAGUAUUCCAGUGGUAUCGUCAUGGCCAAGAGAUAACCCAUGAUGAAGAGCUUGAAGUGCAGAUCACAAGUGGCAAUAACAAGAGCACCCUUGUCCUAGGAGAGCUGUUUGAAGAUGAUUCUGGGGAUUACACAGUGGCUGCAGAGAAUCCAGUCGGCCGUGCAGCCUCAACUGCCACUCUCCUUGUUGAGGGUGAGGGCGCAGAGGAGGCAGAGCCCCCUGUCUUCAAUCCACCAUUGACACCAAUUCGAGUCAUGGAUGGAGAAGAGGUCCGCUUCAGCUGCAAAGUCACUGGAAAACCGAUGCCGAAAUUAACCUGGUUCCAAAAUGGCCGACCUAUUGGCCAUCACCGAGAAGUUCGCCUGACACAGACACCUGAAGGUAGAGCUGGUCUCCAGAUACUUGAAGUUUUUCCCGAGGAUGCUGGAGACUACACAUGUAUUGCCAGAAAUAAAGCAGGAGAGGCGAGAACCACUGCUAAUCUCACUGUUGAAUCAUAUGAAUACGUACCUGAUUCAGAGCAGGCAACUGUUACUUCUGUAUCAGAGAAAAAUGUGUUCUCCGGAUCUCCUUCAGAGGAAGAGACUCUGGAAAUUGAGAAAGACUCAGAAUCAGACAGUGAAGCUGGCUCUUCACCAUAUUUCUGCAACAGGCUAGAAGAGAAGAUUGAAGUUAAAGAAGGAACAACUGUUAGACUGAUAACGAAAGCAAAUGGUUAUCCACGUCCAACCAUCAAAUGGUAUGUCGAUGGGUCUCCGGUGGAGGUGACGGAGGCUCUGACAGUGGAGAAUUAUGAAGAUGGCACUGCUAUCCUUACUCUCCACAAGACUACUUUGGAUGACUGUGGCGUGUAUACCUGCGAGGCUAUGAAUCGAAAUGGGGUUGACACCACAAUUACAACAUUAGUGGUGCUUGAGGAACACUCAGAGACAACUUCUAAGGCCUAUCGCAAGCCAGAAUGGGUGACACGAAUGGAAGAACUAAAGGAUCAGAUGUCAGGCAAACAUUAUGCACCAAGAUUUACACAAGAAAUCACCAAUUCACGAAUAAAGGAAAUGGAGACUAUAACCUUUACUGCAGCAUUUGCUGGAAAUCCCAAGCCUGAGAUUUCCUGGUAUCAUAAUUCGAAGCUUAUCCGCCAACAUGCAUCAUACCAGAUGAGAGUUCGCAAUGACAGGGCAAUGCUUACACUUGUACAAGUAUCUCCAGACAUGAAAGGAGAAUAUUCCUGCCGAGCUGCAAAUUCUGAAGGCGAAGCCUUCACCAAAGCAAAUCUAGAAGUCAUUGGGCUGACCUACGAGGAGAAAUUAAAUAUAGCCGAUGAAAGGUAUGCAGCCAUUCACAUUCAACAUGCCGCAGAACACAUGAAGGAAAAGGAGAGGGAGAGGUCACUCAAGGAGAGGCAGGUCCAUGAGGAAGCCAUGGCAAAGAUGAGGCAUGAAAAGGAGGAGCGUGCAGUCAAACGCCAACAGGAGCUCGAAGAUGCAAAGAAGAAUGUAUGGAAGCCCACCAACGUAUUCGAGGACAAAAAGAAGAAGGAUGAGAGGAAGUACUCUACACCGAAAGAGCGCCGUGUGGGUGAGAUCUAUGCUAACUGGAAUGCUCCUGUCGUCCUGGAAGAGAGCUAUCCAAAACUCCAACCCAGCGAAUUUGCACCUAACCAAAUUCCUGGUGUCAAGUGUUUUGUCAAAGUUUCCGAAACAUCCAUGAAGGGCGAGGAAGUUGUUCGAGAAGUUGCUCCUCAGUUCUUUGAGGAUGAACAGAUUAUCCACGAGUUAGCAAAGAUUCACACAAUGUUGAAAAACAAUGUUAAAGUCAGUGAGAUCUGGGCAAUGUUUAGGGCUGGUGAAUUCAUGGCACUCCAGCAGCCAAACAUUCAGAGUGCACUGAUCAAGGUUUGUGAAUACAUCGGCCACCAGAGGAACGUGUCUAUUGUGCUGGCACAGGAAACUCAGCAACAAGCACUCAGGCAUCCUGUUGGUCUCAAGGCCUUCCUGCGUAUGGUGAAACACGCCAAGAACGUCAAACCAGAGACCCUCUUCAAGGAGACAAUCCCCAAGGAAAUGGGCAAGUUCUCCUCAACCACUCAAGAGUUGACCAAGGUCUCAGAGUUGAUCCGACAGGGCAUCCAGCACGAGGAGAUCAUUGCAUCUUGCGAAGCUGGAAAGCUGCCUACGUUGAAGAAGCCCGAGACACAACAGCCCCUCGUCAACAUUGUGGAGAAACAUGGCCACUCAGUCAUGGUUGCUCAGGUGCUGGUAGAGGAAGCUUACCGCGAUGCAAAGGAUGAUAGAGUAUUAGCAGAACAAGCGUGGGAGACGGUACACGAAGAGUCCUUUGAGUUCGCUCAGGUACAACAAGUCAGGACAGAGCAAAAGUCGACACCAGUACCAGCUGAAGUUAAACCAACACCUGCUAUGGCAGAACAGAAAACAGUACCAUUCUAUGUUGAACAAAAACCAACACCUGAGGCAUCACCAAAACCAACCCCAGUCACACCUGAAAUCCCCAAAUUCCUUGAGAGCAAACAUGAGAAAGUUCCUGAUGAACCCAGAUAUGCCCCUGAGCCUGAGAAACCUACAUACGCUCCCACUCCCGAACAACCACAUCCUACCCUAACUCAAGAAAAGUAUAAAAUUGUUCCUACCCAACGAGAACCUGAACCUACUCCUACUCCAGAAAAGUCUAAACGUGCUCCUACUCAAAGGGAAUAUGAACCUGCUCCUACUCCAGAAACACCAAAACUUAAACCUGUUUCCAGGGAACAAGAGCCUACUCCAUCACCAGAAAAACCUAAACUUAAACCAGUUUCAAGGGAACCCGAACCUGCCCCUAUUCCUGAAGCACCCAAGCUUAAACCUGUUUCUAGGGAAACUGAAGCUGCCCCUGUUCCAGAAACUCACAAACUUAAACCAAUAUCUAGGGAACCUGAACCUACUCCUACUCAAGAAAAACCUAAACUUAAAGCUCCUUUAAGGGAAACCGAGUUCCAGCCAGCUCCAGAGAAACCUCAGCUUAAACCUGUGUCUUGGGAGCCUGAGCCUGCUCCAACUCAAGAAAAGCCUAAGCUUAAACCAAUAACCAAGGAACCAGAACCUACUCCAACUCCAGAAAAACCUCACCUUAAACCUGUGCCUAGAGAAGUUGAACCUACUCCAACUCCAGAAAAACCUCACCUAAAACCUGUGUCUAGAGAAGUUGAACCUACUCCAACUUCAGAAAAACCUCACCUUAAACCUGUGCGUAGAGAAGUUGAACCUACCCCAACUCCAGAAAAACCCAAGCUUAAACAUACUCCCAAAGAACAGGAGCCUGCUCCUUCUGCUGAGAAACCUCAGUUGAAGCCUGUUUCCUCCAAAGAGCAUGAACCUAUUCCUACAUAUGAGAAGCCUAAACUAACUCCUGUACCUAAAGAACCUAAACAUUUUAUUCCUGAAGAAACCAAACCUUCUCACACUCCAGAGGAACAAAAGUUUGCUCCCACACAGUAUCCUGAAAAGCCUGAGCCAGUCCCAAGUAAAUCUAAACCUACACCCUCUGAGCCUCAGCCUUAUCCAGAUUCAACAAAACCAACACCCAAAUCCCCCAAAAUAACACCAGUGCCAGAGGAAACCAAACCAACACCAGUGCCAGCUGAAACAAAACCAACACCCAAGUCAGCAGAAACCAAACCAACACUUAAGCCAGCUGAAGACCAGCCAAUAACUGAACGAAAGACUGAACAAGGGUAUCCUGAAGCUGCACCUGCUGCGCCAAAACCCGUGCAAAAGCCAACACAAAAGCCAGUACAAAAACCUAUUCUUAAACCUGUUAAACAAACAACACAGGAGGUGACACAGGAGGAUACACAACAUAUAACACUAAAGCAGCAACCCAUGACACAAACCAUUCAAGAAACUGUACAGGAGACCCCACAGCCAUUCCAACAAAGGAAAGCUGUUAGUGAUACCGUUGCCAGAGAAACUCAUGUUGAACAAUCCAGAGAAAAGGCCACUCUCCAAACGACUGUAACUGGUACUCGCCCUCAGUCAUUUGUACAACAAGAAGAGCAAAUAACAUGGACUCAAAAACCCCAGGUUCCUUUCCAGGAAGGCAUUACUUCAGAGCAUGCUGAAUUUAUGAAACAGGCAACUGUUCAACAACAACAGUUCAUUCAUCAAGAAAAAGUUAUGCAACAGUCUCAGAUGUCUCAAGUUAGGGAAAUGAAAAGUGCUCAGAUAGUUCAUGAGAAAGGCAGAAUUUCAGGUGUACCUGAAGUUUUCCAGAAAACAGCUGUUCAUCAAGAACCCACCCUAGCUCAACAGGAAAUUAUCAUGCAACAUCCUGAAGUAACACAAGAAGUAACAACAACCAUCCUGAAGAAAAAAGCUCAUGUUGGUCAAGAAACCAAACUUACUCAACAAACCGCCCUAUCUGAGCAUCCUAUGGUCAUUCAUAAAGAGAAAGUUACUAUGCAACAUCCAGAAACUGCUGAAGAUGUUACUACCACAAUCAUUACUGAAACGGCAAAGGCAUUCAAAGAACCUGGUGUCUUACAAACUACUACUGUAAUCAAACAACCCAUGAUCGUAAAGAAGGAAAUGGUUACAAUGCAGCAUCCUGAAACUACUCUAGAAUUGACUUCAAAACUAACUACUGAACAGGCUCAACUUAUCCAGGGAUCUCAAGUUCUUCAAACUAGUAGAGGCCAAAAACCAAUGAUUCUACAGAAAGAAAAUAUAAUUGUACAACAACCUGAGACCUUCGAAGAGGUACGGACUUCAUUCACUGCUGAGCAAGCUCAUAUUAUUGAGGAAUCCGGACAGCUUCAGAAGACAACUAUAUCUAAGAAACCAAUGGUUAUGAAGAAGGAAAAGAUAACUCUACAGCAGCCUGAAACUGCUGAAGAUACCAGUAUCUUUGUGACAACAGAAAAAGCUCAGAUUCUUGAAGAACCAGAAAUAAUGCAGAAAAUGCCUGCAUCUAAACAACCAGUAAUAAUGAGGAAGGAAAAGGUAAUAGUACAGCAGCCAGAAACAGCUACAGAAACCAUUGUCACUAGAACUUCAGAACAAGCUCACAUCACACAGGAGCCUGAUAUUCUCCAGGAAACAAUAAUAACUAAGAGGCCCAUGGUUGUGCAGAAGGGAAGGGUAACUCAGCAAUUAGAGGAAACUACAAUGGAAGGAACAUCUUUCAUGCAGUCACAACAAGCUCGUAUCACCCAGGAGUCUGGCGUCCUAGAGAAAACAAUUAUUUCCACUCAACCAAUGAUAAUGAAAAAAGGAGCAGAAUCUACUUUUAUGCAACAACCUGAAACUCUUGGGCAAGUAACUUCCACUGUUGUAAAAGAAACAGCUCAGACUACACAACAACCUCAAUUUUUGAAAAAGACGACUGUCACACAACAACCAACUCAAGUCAGAACCCAUGAGGAAAUGACUAGAUAUGAACCUACACUUGAUACGGUGCAGCAAAAUUUGAUGCAACCAAUGCAAGAUCAACGUGUUCUCUUGCAUGAGGGAAGUGAAUUCAUGCAGCCCACUCAGCAACAGGUGACAACUGUUCAGCACCAGCAACAAAUGAUUACAAAACAAGGUGUUGUUCAGCAGCAGAGAGUCCAGCAACAAGCACAAGUCAUUCAGGGAGAGGCUAGGGUUGUUCAACAAGGGCACAUGGUUCAACAAAAGACACAGCAAGUGCAACAAAAACAAAUGGUGCAGCAGGCACAAAAAACACAGGUUACUGUACAGGAACAACAAACUGUACAGCAGACACAACAACAACAACAACAACAACAGGUGGUCCUGACACAGCAAAUCACUCAACAGGGGAAACCGAUCACCAAACCUCAUGCUCCUCUCAAAAUCCAGAAGGAACAACCACAGCAGGAGACAGUAGCCGAACAGUUGGCAGAGACACUCCAAAUAGCCCCUGCCCCAACACCCUCUUCGGCUGAGAUUCAAGUUGAAGAAGUCACGCCCAAACACACUGCCGAGAAGACACAGGUCAAAUCAGAAAUGUGCGUCCCUGGAUUUAAAGCACUCGUGAAUUUGGCCACCGAAGGGCAGGUGGAUCUUGAGACUGUAGAACUAAAGCCGACAGAGAAGGUCACAUUCCAGAAGGACAUUGCAAAACUGAAUUUCCAUCUGAAGAAAGGCGUACAAGUGAAUGAACUCUUGUCAAUGAUGAAAGAAGGAGAAUUCACUGCCUUAAAGAGAAUAGAACACCAGGCAAAGCUCCUAGAUGUUGUUUGCCGCCUGGAGAGUGCCACAGCCACCAAGGUAAUCGUUCAAGAGGCUGAAGAGAGAAAGGAACGAAGCAUAGGUCUGAAGAGCGUUAUACGCAGUAUAGAAACAGGAGAGGAGUCAAUGGAGAAUGUGAUAAUGGACAUCUCAAGAGAAUUCGGCCCGUCCUCAGAGCCUGUGAAAGAAAUCGCAGCCAUAGGACAUCUCUUGCAGGAAGGCGUUAAGUGCGACGAGGUCAUUGCUUUAUCAGAGUCUGGUCUUCUGCCAAGCUUGAAGACCCCUGAAGCUCAGAUGCCACUCAUAUCCAUUGUGACUAAUAAAGGACACGUUGGUACCGUUUGUGAAGUCCUUGUUGAGGAAACUGCGAAAGACAUGCAGGAUAAAAAGCCUAUGAUGAAGGGUGCACGAAUGACCGAGGUGAAAGGUUUAUUGAAGAAAGCCAAGACUGAAACUGUUAACGUGAAGACGUUUUCUGCGGAGAUGGUACCUGGGGUCCAAGCAUACGUACGCAUGGCCCAGGAAGAAAAUGUCAACAUUGAAGAAGUUGUCCAGAAAGCUGCGUUAGAACCUCAACUAAAAGAAGAAGUAGCCAAAAUUGGUAUGAUGGUCAAACAUGGUGUUUUGGCUCAAGAUGUCAUUACUCUUAUGGAGGCUGGAGAGUUCCCACAGCUAAUGAAGAUGGAAGCCCAAGCACAACUAAUGGAAGUCAUUGAAGAAUUUGGCUUCAAGGCUUUCGUGAAUGAAGUCAUGACAGAACAAGUAGAAAGGGCUAUCCAAACAACAGACAAAACUAUCGGCGUCAAGACAUUCAUGCGCAUGAUGCAGAAGGCAGAUGUAAAUGUAGAAGAACUCAUCACAGAGCAGUUUCCCAAGGAGAUGGACGCUUCUCUGAAGGAACCUGUGGCCAGAGAAAUGGCAAAGGUCAGUGUUAUGCUGAAGGAAGGCGUCCAGGCUGAAGAAAUCAUGUCAAUGGUGGAAACUGGACAACUUCAGAAUCUCCAGAGACCAGAGGCCCAGAUGCCUUUAAUCAAUGUUGUCAAAGAUCAGGGUCACAGCGCCCUGAUUUGCCAAGUAUUGAUCGAGGAUUCAGUCAAAGACAUCAUUCAAGAAUUGCCGAAGGUAGAUUCAGCUACCAUUUCUUCUGUCGAGAGCUUACAGUCGGCGUCUUCUAUGCAGGUUGAAGUCAGAGCCAAGAAAAGGAAGCAAACAACGACGGUGAUAGAAUCAGUAGAAUCAUCUGAAGAACAAGAAAAUGCAGACAUUACAGUCAUGUACCCUAUUACAUCUGUCACUGGCCAAACAAUGACUACGGAAGACAUGGCAACACCUAUUCCUGAACAAGUGCAUGCUACAACACUCACUGUUCCAGAUUUGGGAUUUGCAUCCUCUCACUCUGUUACAGUUGUCAUGGAAACUGGCCUAACUGUAGUUCAUCCUACAACAGUUUUUCAUGAAUGUGACACAACAGAAGAUAUUGCUCCAUAUGUUCCCAUCUCUGCUCAUGCAACAUCAAAAUAUGUCCCCAGUCUGGAUUAUGCAACAGUUCAACCUUUAAUAGUGGUAACAAAGGCUGGCUUGGCUGUUGUGUAUCCAUCUACAUCUACAUGUGAAAAUUACACAACAGUAAAUGAUUUUUCAGUGGUUGUUCAUGAUAGUGUCACAGCGAGGGUAAGACCAGUGCCCUGUCUGGAUUAUGCUUCAGUACUUCCCCUGGUUCUUAUUUCUGAGGCAGGCCAAACUAUGUUCUAUCCAUCCAUAUCUUCAAUGGAACAAGACAUGGCAGCUGAUGAGUUCUUUACACCAUCCACACCUUUAAGUGUUAGUGCAGAUGUAACAUUUACUCCUGACUUGCAUAAUGUGACUAUCCAACCAUUAGUUUUAGUGUCAGAAGCAGGUCAAGCUAUAGUUUAUCCCAAUGUAAGUGUUACACAACAAGACAGUAUAUGUGAUGAGUUUACUAUCACCAAACCUCAAGGCAGUCAGGCAGACGUAACAUUUACACCAGAUUUGGAUUAUGCAACAAUUCAGCCUCUGGUUCUCAUUUCUGAAGCUGGCCAAACUAUCUUGCAUCCUUCAUUAUCCAUUAUUGAAAAAUAUACUUCAGCAGAUGACCUUGUUAUACCUUCACCAUUAAGUGCUAAUGCUAAUACUUUUUCCAUCCCUGAUUUACCAUUUGCUGCAGUUUUACCUUUAGUACUUGUGUCACAAGCAGGCCAGGCUAUAGUUUACCCAUCUGUAAAUUGCCUUGAUCAAGAGCAAGUAGUUGAUGCCCUCAUGGUGUCUAGACCCAUAAUUUGUACAGCCAAUAUCCUGUCUGUUCCUGAGCUCUGCAGUGUAACAGUUCAGUCUUUAGAUCUUUUGUAUGAGGCUGGACAUGCUAUCAUUUUUCCAUCAACAUCUUUUGUUGAGCAUGAUAUUUUGACAGAAGAAUUAACUACAUCCAAACUUAUCAGUGGCCAUGCUAGGAUGCUCUCAGUGCCAGAGCUGAAUUAUGCAAUCACUCAUCCUUUAGUUCUUAUAUCAGAAGCUGGCCACAUGGUUGUUUACCCAUCAUCAUCAUUCACCGAAACCUAUACCACAGUCGAUAAACUAAUAACACCUAAACCUUUCAGUGACAAGGUAACGGUGGUCAGCAUGCCAGAACUAGAAUUUGCUACAGUUAAUCCACUUGUUCUCAUAUCAGAAGCUGGUCAAGCCAUUGUUUAUCCAGCAACAUCUGUUCUUGAAAAGUAUACAACCACAGAUGAUUUAAGCACACCGAAACCUUCAAGUGAUAUGGCACACAUGCUUUCAGUUCCAGAAUUGGAAUAUGUUGUAAUCCAGCCAUUAGUUAUAGUUUCCGAAGCAGGCCAUACAAUUGUUUAUCCAUCAGUUUCAUUUACAGGAAAGGCCAGUGUAGUAGAUGAAUUAACCAUAGAAGAACCCUCAGGUGUUCAAGCUCAGAUGCUUUCUGUACCAGAGCUUUACCAUGCUAUUACCCAACCUUUGGUUCUUGUGUCAGAAGCUGGGCAGACUGUUUUUUAUCCAUCAUCAUCAGUCAUAGAAUUUUAUUCCAUAGUUGAUGAAUUAACCUUAACUAAACCUAAGAGUGUCCAGGCUCAGUCAUUUUUAGUGCCAAGCCUGGAAUUUGCUGUUAUCCAGCCUCUUACACUUGUAUCUGAAGCUGGCCAGGCCAUUGUUUAUCCAUCAACAUCUGUCAUUGAACAGGACACUGCAGCUGAAGAAAUAACCAUCCCCAAACCUCUUACUCAGCAUGUUAAUAUUCCCUCUGUGCCAGAACUGCUCUCUGCUAUUAUCCAUCCUAUAGUUUUGGUGUCUGAGGUUGGGCAGGCUAUCAUUUUCCCAUCUGUAUCUUUCAUUGAUCAAGGCAGUGCUGCUGAUGAGUUAAUUAUAGUUGAACCUGUGCAAGCUAAAGCUAACAUACUUAUAUUACCUGAACUUACUUCUGCAAUACCUCUACCACUAGUAAUUGUCUCACAAGCAGGUCAAGCUAUCAUCUAUCCUUCUGUUUCUGUAAUUGAACGUGAACCAGUAGCUGAUGACUUUACACCAACUAUUCCUUUAAGUGUGCAAGCUAAUAUACAGUCUAUCCCUGAACUGUUAUGUGCUACACAACAACCUUUAGUUCUUGUAUCAGAAAUGGGCCUAACUGUUGUAUAUCCAUCAACAUCUGUUUUAGAACACGAAACAGUAGCUGAAGAUCUUAUCAUAACAUCUCCUUCAAGUGUUAAGGCAAGUGUGUUAUUUGUUCCUGAAAUGAAUCAUGCUACUACUCAGCCACUAGUAAUUGUUUCUGAAUCUGGCCGAACUGUUGUAUACCCUUCUACAUCUGUGCAUGCGCAUGAAAUGACAACUCGAGAUUUUGAAUCUCCUGUAUUUGAAAAACACUUUGCAACACGAAAUACUCAGCCACAACUUGAGUAUGCAAAAGUCCAACCUUUAACCAUUGUAUCUGAUAAAGGAUUUGUCCUCAUUCAUCCACAAACAUCUCAUAUUGAAUACACAACAUCAGAGGAUCUGGAUAUAGAAACCCCCGAAGAAAUGCAUGUUACAGUUACUUGUGUCCCAUCUCAUAAUCUGGCCAGCACUUUACCUCUCAAACUUGUUGAUGAAACAGGCCUUACCACAGUGUUUCCUUCCAUAUCAGUGUCAGAACAAGAAUUUACAACAUCAGAACUUAUAACCCAUCUUCCUAAAACUGCCCAUGCAAUCACAUCGGACAUUGUACAACUUCCUGAAUUUGGAAUUGCAGAAACAACACCUAUUCCAUUCAUCUUAUACCAAGAUACAGCAGAAACCACAAGACAAGUUUCCAAAAUCUUUGAUGAACCCUGCAUGUCCCCUGUAACCCAUUCCUCUGUACCAUCCCAAACAGGCAAAACUACAGAGGGACCAGCACCAAUCACCUCUACUACCACUACAACCACGAUAUCAGAAGUGAAGACAGAAGACAUUAAAAUUGGUGAUAUACAAGACAAAACUUUGACAGCAGUGACUGCAACCAUGAGUUCCAAACACACAGGGUGGGGGGAAGAGGAGGAGUCUGAGGAAAUAGAGUCAAAGAAAUCUACAAUUAUUUUCACUCCAGAUCAGAAAGAGAAGCGAAUCACUGAGGAAACAAAGACCUUGUCAGUUGUGGAGCCAUUAGCAGCUGAUAGAUCAACAGUAACAAUCACAGAAGAAGUCUCACAAGAUAUAGCUACAUGCCCAAUAACUCUCAAGACAGUUAAACAACGUGAUGUCACAACAGUUAGUGAAGAAGGUUUAACCCAUGAAGUUAUGGUAGGCAUUGGAGUAGAGGCUGGGACAUACAAAAUUACAGAGGAGACUCAAGUCACAACCCUUGGCAAAACUAUUAAGCCAAAGGAAGUGUUUGAGUCUUCAUUUAGCAUGUCAACUAUUGAAACUCCGGUGGUAGAAUCAGAUACAGGUAGUAGGGAGAAGUCAGUAACUGAAAUAGAAGAAGUAACAGAAGUGGAAGAGGUAGAUGAGAAAACAUUAGGCAUUCAGAGACCCAAAAUAGGUGAAUCUCGGGAAGAAACUGUUGCACAGUUUGAGGAACACAUUUCACCAGUUACAGCCCAAUCUUCAACUGAACAGAAAGAUGUUUUGAGUUUUGCUAAAUCUUCCAUCACUAGUGUACUUUCAGCAAAACAUGUUGCUCCAUCUGUUCAUAUUACAAAAACACAAACAAUUAUUACAAAAGAUGGAGAAGUUAUACAGCAUGAAACUACAAUCACUUCAGGCACUGAGACAGAAGACAUAGGUUUCUCAGAACCAUUAGAAAUUACAGAAGUUGAAGAUACACAAGAAAGCCCUGCUUCUGACUUCAAAGUAACUUUCCCAGAUACACAUAGGGGGUCUUUAGAUGACAGGCAGUUACCAAAGGAUAUGGAAAUAAUACCAGUUGAAUCAUCUGAGACAGAAACAGAGGAUAUAAUAUCUCAUGAUGAAAAAGAAUCACUUACAGUGUUUCCUGAAUGUAUACUUGAGCCUUUACCUCAGACUGUAGAAUGUAGGGCUGUAUCAUCAAAAGUGCAGUUUGAACGAGCUUCUAUAUCAGAGACACUUACAUUUAUAGGACCACACCCUGAAGAUUCUAUUCGUAAAACGUGUACAGUACAAGUAGAGGAAGACUUUGAAGAUUGGGAGGAUGAAGAAAAGAAAAAGCUAGGUGGUAUUAAGAAACAAACAAAAAGUGUUACUGAAUACAGAACUGACACUGAAGAAACUACAGACAUUACACCAAUAUCUAAAACUACUCAGCAGACCAUCAUGCAAAAGCAAGUUUCUGAACACAAAGACAUUCAAAAAGAUGUCAAAGUUAUUGAGUCUUCUCAGGAGAUAACAACUUCUCUUAUACCUUCCAUAGAAUCUACAGAAACUACCAUAACUACAGAAGAAAAGUUAAAAAUUGAAGAGCCAAAGACAACAGAAAUAAUAGCAGAGGAAACAAGAAUGUUUGAGAGCAGUAAGCCCCAGCCAGAAAAAGCAAAGCCACUCAUCAUGGAAGAUUUGAAAGAGACACUGACAGUUAUGGAGAGAUUCUCUGAGGAGCAGCCAUCUCCAUGGCAAAAGGGAGACAAGGUUCACCUGAAGAAGUCAGUGAGCAUAACACCUGAUGUUGUCCAGUCAGUUCCAUUGCAGAUAACAGAUAUGAAAGUUGAAGAAAGUUACGUUAAUUUAGAAACACAAAAAGGAAAAGAGGUUAGAGCAACUGUGACAGAAGAAUUAAAGGAUUCGUUGACUAUUACAGAAAAGAUUCCAGAAGAGAAGCCCAUACCAUUUAAGAAAGGGGAGAAAAUUCCUUUCAAAACCCAGAGUAUUGAACCUAAAUUAGUAUCUUCUGAACCCCUCCAUGUAACAGAUACUAAAGUGGAGGACAGUUGUGAAGCAUUAUCCACUCCAAGAGAUGAGUGUGUACAGGCUGUUGUAAAGGAAGAUCUUAGAACUCCAUUGACAGUUACAGAAAAACUGUCAGAAGAGGCUCCUAUGCCAUUUAAAAAGGGUGACAAAAUUCCAUUUAAAACUCAAAAUAUUGAACCAAAGUUGGUUGCAUCUGAACCAAUCCAAGUAAGUGAUACUAAGGUGGAAGAUACAUUUGAGCCAUUACAAACAGAUCAGAGUAAACCUGUGACAGCCAAAGUCUCAGAAGAUCUCCGUUCUUCAGUAACCAUUACUGAAAAGAUACCUGAAGAGCAGCCAGUAACUUUUGAGAAAGGAGAGAAGAUUCCUUUCAGAUUGCUGAACAUAGAGCCAAAAGUUGUAUCUACACAGCCCAUACAGAUUACAGACACUAAGGCUGAAGAUUCUUAUACCUUACUCAAGACUGAAAAGAAUAAAGAAGUUAAGGCAACUGUUAUGGAAGAUUUAAGAGAUUCCAUAACAGUAGUCGAGAAGAUGUCUGAGGAAAUACCUGCACCAUGGAAAGUUGGUGAUAAAUUACAAUUCCGAACUCAGAGUAUCAAGCCCAAUGUCAUUCCUUCUCAGUCUCUACAGGUAACAGACACAAAAACUGUGGAAACAUCAGUAUCUUUCAUUUGUGAAAAGGAUGCAGAAGCCCAAGCUACAGUGACUGCUGAUUUGAAGGAGCCAGUAACUGUGACUGAAAAACUUUCAGAAGAGCAGCCGUCUCCUCUAAAGAAACCACCAAGAAUGACUGCUGAUGCUGCUGACCAUAAGCUGAUGGUAAUGGAACAUGAUUCCCUAGCCAUUACAGAGGUUAACCUGGGAGAAGGUGGUGCUCAUUUUGAAUCAGAAAAGACAGAUUUCCAGAAAGCAACUGGAAAGUUGGAGCCACAGAUAGCACUCACCACUAUAGAUCAUCGUUCUGAAGACUCUUUAUCACAGCUAUCUGACCUAGUAAAAAUUACAAAGAAUGCUGUAAUUAGACAACCAGAUGCAAGACAGACUGUUGAGGUAAUGGAGCAAGUCCCUCAUGAGAGUACGGGUGAACUACAGAAAGACAAGCCUGUUUAUGAAAGUCCAAAAUGUGGCCUUAUUGGACAGACUGCUCCACAAGUUGAGGAGGUUAUGCUUCAUGAUUUAGAAGAGAAGUACAUUACUAAAUUGCCAGAAACUUUGAGCACCAAAGAGUCUACUGUUCAAAAGGAAUCUGAAGCUGUAAUAAUAGCUGAAACAAAGAUUGAAGAAGAUUCUGUGCAGUGGGAGAAGAAAGUUGAACAAAUGGAAAAAGCAAAGCCAAAUGUUUUAGAACAAAGAUACAUUCAGGUGGCUGAAACAUUUGAAGUAGAUAAAGAAGAUGUAUUUACUGAACCAAAGGAUCUUAGGCAGCAAGGAAAACCAUCAGAAGUUCAACCUCUAGAACCGCUCACUGUUCAUGGUCCUUACAUAGAAGAAGAUGCUGCCACUUGGAAAGCACGUGUAGAAAAGGAACAAACAGCUAGAGCAUCUAUUUUGGAAAACAUGCCUCUAAGUAUUUCUGAGCCUCUACAGCAUGAUACACUCAAGCAAUAUAAGGCUGAUCAGCCAAUUGAAGCUCAUGCAAUCACAACAGAGGGAAAACAGGAAGCUUUAGCAGUAUCUGAAAUUAAAGCAGUUUCACCAGUCAGAGAAAUCAAGAAAGAGGAUACAGUGCAAGAGCAUGCUGAGGUUAUACACUCAAAACAGUCCUCAUUGAUGAUUUCAACAUCAGUUAUUCAAGAAUGCGAAGGACCUUUAGAAAUUAGGAAACCUAUGGAAUUCCAGGCUGAUGGAAUGAAUAUUGAUGCAUAUCAGUCAAUCAUGAUUGCAGAUACAGAAGUACACUUACCCAUUGGAACUUUGGAAAAGCUGAGCCUGCUUACUAAUACAGCAAAGACUAGUUUUGUUCCACAAAAGGCAAUUGAGAUUUUAGAAUCACAAACCCAUCAAAAGGAAAAGGAUUUCAAGCCUGAAAAGACUGCAGACCUACAAUUAGAAGGUACUCUAGAAUGCAGUGAACAUUCACUAGAAGUAAGAGAAACUAAAGCCGAGUCUCCUAUAAGAGAUUUUAAAGAAGUGAAACCUGUCACAGACACUGCAAGUUCAUUCUUGAUUCCUCAACAAUCAGUGAAGGUUUCAGAAGUGUCUGAGUGUUUCAAAGAAGAGGAAUUUUCAGAAGUUCCUCGGCAAUCACACGUUGCAUCAUCAGAUGAAAUCCCUGCACAACAUCCCAUUCAUGUUACACAGAGUACAGUCCAAGAUAGCAUACAAGAUUUUAAAGAUUUAUCUCCAGUAAAAGAAACAGCAUCUGUUGAUGUGAAAGGUUUUCAUGCAGCAUCAGUAAUGGAGGUUCAUACUGAUCAUGGUGAGGAAGCCUACAGUCCAUCUAAGCCCCACCUGACUUCUGCAAAAAGAGAUCUUGUUGAGGGACUGCAUUCUCUCAUUACUGAGGAAAUUUGUGCUUCAUCAUCUGUUGGGAAUUUACCUUUGCCUGAGAUUCCCCAGUCUAAAGAAGCAGUAAAAUCUUUUGAAGAAAAGAAAGCUGUUUCAGUUCAUGAAACUGGAACUCACGAAAAAGAAGGACCAUUCAGUGAGGUUCAGCCACUGCAGAUCAGUCUUAAAUCUAAAAUAAAUGGUGGCCUUGAACCAUUGCUUGUAACUGAAAUUGAAAGUGAAGAAUCAGUUGGUAAAGUAGCAAGCAAAGAAUUACCAUCUAGUGAGAGAGCUAAUAUCGAGCUUACACAUACAACAAAGCUUGCUUUAAUGUCAGGUGUCUUGAUAUCUGAACGAGAAGGAUGUCUCGAUGAAGAAAAACUUGAUACACAAAAGGCCGAUGGGAGCAUAAGCACUGAAGAAGCCAUCACAGUCAUGGAAACCUUACCCCAGUCAUUGACGGAAGAAUUAUUGGUAGCUCCAAAGCCAAAAACAGAGGAAGGAAUAGGAUCUUUAAUUCCAUCCAAAACUGCAUCUGUUUCAGAAGUUGUUCUUCAUGAAAAAGAGGGAAUUCACCUAAAUGAAAAACUCCCAACAGUCUCAUUAGAUAGCUAUAUGUUACCACCAAAUAUUCCACUUAUUGUGCAAGAAGCCCAGAUUCAGUCUAGUACUUCCAAAAUGACUAAUCAGAAGAUUGAAGCUACAGAAUCUGCUUCAGUGUCACUCUUUGCGCACCAAAUUGCAUCUGCUACUGAUGUGGGAGUAAGUGAAAAAGAAGGUGUAUAUAAACAAGAUAAGCCAAAAGAGGAUCUUGCUGUUGUUGAAUAUGAAAGUGAAAAGGCUCCCAUUCAGGUUAGUGAAACAAGGGCUGAAUCUCCCAUAAAAGAUUUUAAAGAAAAGAAACCUGUAGAUGCACAAGCUCAGCCAGAUAUAAUUCCACAAAAAGCCAUUACUGUGUCUAAAGCAGAAGCACAAGAAAAAGAAGGUGAUUUGCAAACAAAACAGCCAACACUUAUUUCGCUCAAGUCAGAUAUUACUCAAGCUUUACAUCCACUUACUGUGUCAGAAGUUUUGGUAGAACCCACCAUCCAAGACCUUCACAUAGAUGAGCAAAUUAAAGAACAAGCAGAUUCAAGUCAUAUUCUGCAUCGUGCUGCUGCUGUCAGUGAGCCUUUUGUUCAUCUGAAAGAAGAAGAAUAUAGUGAAUUAAAACCAGUGCCUAUUGCCCCAAAAGAAUCACACAUCCCUGCAAAUCAACCUGUUUUGAUAACUGAAACACUGUCUGAAAUGUCAGUUACUGAGCACACUGAAAAGGAAGUACCAAAGAGUACUGCUAAAAGUCAUAUUAUACCCCAAGAUAUGCUUCAGGUGGAAGAAAUCUGCAUUCAUGAAUCUGAAGGAGAUUUUAAAAGAAUUAUUCCAGAUCAGUCUGUUGGCAAGCAAGAGCAGAUUCCACUUCACAUUGUUGCUAUGUCCUCUGAUGUGGAACUGGUAGAGAGUGUUGCAAAAUUGUCUGAAAUAGAAAAAGCUCAAGAAAAGACUGCCACUUUAACAAUUAAUCCCCAGCAAGCAGCAGAAACAUUGCAACAUGAAGUUAGUGAGGCAGAAAAUAUUCUUUCCAUUCUGUCAGAGAACAACAAAACAGCAACCAAGAGUGUCGAAGAGAUGCAGUCUGUCUCAGUGUCAAUAGUAAGUGCUGAAACAAAGGAACAAGAUUACUUUUCAGAUGACCUACCUUCGACCCACAAUGUAGAAGCCAAACCAGUUAUUACUCCCCUUCACCUUGCAAAUGUUGCCCAUCCUGACAUAGCAGAGCAGGAAGGUAGCAUUCCCACCCUUGAGAUCCCUAGUGCCACCACUGCCAAACUCCACUUUACCCCACACACAUCUAAGCAAAUUACUCAGCAACAUCCUGAUAUUCUUCCAGGAAUAUUAAAACCAGAAGCACCUGUAAGUGCUACUGGUAAAGUAGUUAUGGAACAAUCAACGCAUGUGUCAGGAUCACAGGAAGUUGUUGUUGAAACACUUUCAGAAGAAACCCCCAAGUUCACUCCUCAAUCUGUGAAAGCCCAUUCCCUUAUAGAUAGUCAAGAAACGAUAUCAGUAUUACAGGUUUCAGCUCUUAACCAGGCUGAAAUGAUGAAUGACAUCGUUAAACCUUUGCCAGCUUUAGCAAAACCAGUUCAAACAACCCAGCAAAGUAUCCAUGUUGAAGAAGUUGAUUUAAGAGAAUCAUCAUCCAAUGUCACUUUUGAAAAAACAACAGAACAAGUAGCAAAACCCGUAUUUGACCACAGAGAACAUGUUACUGUUUCAGAAAUUAAAUCCAAUGAACUCCCCAUGGAUCUAAAAGAAUCAAUAAUUGAAGGCAAGGCCACACCCUUAGUAAAACCUCAUGAGAUAUUUACCAUUUCCUCUGUAACUACAGCAGAAUGUUAUGAAGAAACAAAAAGCCCUAAGCCAAAGCUAGAAAAAGCUGAACCCAUAGCAACUACACAGGAAAGCCUCAGUGUACAAGAAACUAAAGUGCAUGAGAGUUCAAGUGAAAUUGAUAUAAAAAGACCAGUUGAAGAAAAGGCCACACCUAGAGUUUCAAAGCGAGAAUCAGUGUUGAUAUCAGAAGUUAAAACAGAAGAAAAACCUGUAUCUAUCAGAGAACGAAGACCAUCGCAAGAGAGAGCUAGACCUGUAGUAUCGAAGAGUGAGCAUGUUAUAAUAUCUGAAACAUCUGCUUCAGAAGCUCAUGGAAUUGUUAAGCAUCGCACACCUUCUCAAGAAAGAGCAAGGAGAGUUUUAUCAGAAAGAGAACAUGUUAUGGUUUCAGAAGUACGGUCUGAAGAAGCACCAAGUGCUGCAAAGCAGAGAACACCAUCACAAGAAAGAGCAAAGAAGGUACUCCCUCGCAAAGAGCCCCUUGUUGUUGAAGAGGUCAAAGUUCAUGAAGUUCCCAAGGAUCUUCCAAAAUCUAAACCAAAAGGGGAUAAAGCUAAGAAAAUUAUGCCACAACAAGAAUCAAUAUCAGUUCAUGAAACCAGGGUUGAAGCCCACACAGGAGAUUUAUCUCAUGUAAUGCCAAAGGAAGAGAAAGCGAUGCCAAUAUUCCAGAAACGAUCAUCAGUUUCUGUAUCUGAAGUUUCAAGUCAUGAAAUGACCGUACGCAUGCCAGAUUAUAAACCAGAGAAAACUCAUUCAGCACAGACCUCAAUGGAUCAUAGGGAAGUAGUGAUGAUCUCAGAAAUUACUGCUGAUGAAGUUCCAAAUAAAGUUGUAAAAGAGAAAAUGAAUACUCAAACUGCUAAUGUUGUUCUUCCAGAAAUGAAAGAAACCAUUCAGAUAUCAGAAGUAACAACUGGAGAGUCUCCUCAUGAUGUAGUACUGGCCAAGAAAAUAGAGGAACAUGCUAAUGUUAUUAUUAAACCAAGUGAAUCUAUCAAUAUAUCCCAGACACAGGUUCAUGAGUCGACUGAUGAAGUUCGUCAUGAAAAAUGCAAAGGAGAAAAGGCCUCUACUAUUCUUCCCCAACAGGAUUCCAUAACCGUCCAGGAGGUAAGUAUAAAAGAGUUCCCCCAAGAUAUUGUAGAUCAUAAACCUCAAACACAAAAAGCUAAGUCUGUUUUCUCCCCGCGCCAGUCCAUUGCAGUAGAAGAAAUAACUGUUAAAGAGACAUCUGGUUCAGUGGCAGAUAUUAAGUUUAAAACAGAAAAAGCAAAGUCAGUAAUUUCUGAAAAGGAAUCUAUCACAGUAGAGGAAGUUUCGGUCAAGGAAGAUACAGCAAGCAUCAAGGAUGUAAAACCUAAGCCAGAAAGUGCUCAGACUGUGUUUUCACCUCAGGAAUCAAUUGCAGUCCAAGAAGUUUCUGUUAAAGAAGCUCCUGGAUCAGUAAGUGAUAGAAGGCCAAAAUCUGAAAUGGCAACAUCAGUUGUAUCACCUCACGAAUCACUCACAAUUGAAGAGGUUAAUGUUAAAGAAGCUUCUGCAGACUUGGCUGAUAAAAAACCCAAGACAGAACAAGCACUAUCUAUUUUUUCAUUGCAAGAUUCUAUUUCAGUACAAGAAAUUUCAGUGAAAGAGUCUCCAGGCUCUAUAUCAGAUGCAAAACCUAAUACUCAGCAAGCAGAACGCAUUAUUUCUCCUCAUGAAUCAAUAUCAGUCCAAGAAGUAUCAGUUAAAGAGGCACCUAGUGGGAUAACUGAAAGUAAGCCUAAGACAGAGAAGGCCACUUCAAUUUUCUCACCUCAAGAAUCUAUUGCAGUUCAAGAAGUUUCAAUAAAAGAGGCUCCUGGUUCAGUCAAAGACUUGAAACCCAAAACAGAACAAGCUACCUCCAUAUUUUCACAACAAGAAUCUAUUUCUGUGCAUGAGGUAUCUGUAAAGGAAGCACCAGGUACCAUGAAAGACCUUAAUAUGAAAUCAGAGCAAGCCUCUUCUAUCAUAUCUCCACUUCAGUCUUUAACAAUACAAGAAGUCAGUGUAAAAGAAGCACCUGCAGAUUUAAGCGACAAAAAGCCCAGACCUGAACAGGCAACCUCUAUUAUAUCACCUCAUGAGCCUAUUUCCAUUCAGGAAGUAUCAGUGAAAGAGGCCCCAGGUACAAUGAAAGAUGCUCAGCCAAAAACACAGCAAGCCACCUCAGUCUUAUCUCAGCAGGAAUCUAUAUCAGUUCAUGAGGUAAGUGUAAGAGAAGCUCCUGGUUCCUUGAAGGAAACCAGACCAGAACAAGGACAAGCACAGUCAAUUCUAUCACAACAGGAAUCAAUUUCUGUACAAGAGGUUGCUGUCAAGGAAGCACCUGGGGACAUAAAGGAUUUAAAACCAACGAUCGGACAGGCAGUAUCUAUACUUUCUCAGCAAGAAUCAAUAUCUGUACAUGAAGUAUCAGUCAAGGAAGCUCCUGGAGAUGUGAAGGAGUUGAAACCUAAAAAGGAACAGGCAACUUCUAUACUUUCUCAGCAAGAAUCUUUAUCAGUUCAAGAAGUGUCUGUUAAAGAAGCUCCUGGGUCUGUAAAAGACCUGAAACCUAAGACAGAGCAAGCAACAUCAAUUUUUGCUGAACAAGAAUCAAUUUCGGUGCAUGAAGUAUCUGUGAAGGAGGCCACAGGAGCUGUAAAAGAUGCUAAAACAAAGAUGGAACAAGCAACCUCAGUGUUAUCAGAACAAGAAUCAAUAUCUGUUCAUGAAAUAUCUGUUAAGGAAGCACCUGGAUCACUUAAAGACUUAAGACCAAAGAAAGAACAGGCAACUUCGAUACUGUCACAACAAGAAUCCAUUGCUGUUCAUGAGAUAGCUGUCAAGGAAGCACCUGGAUCAGUCACAGACUUGAAACCAAAGACAGAGAAGGCUACUUCAGUAUUAUCUCAACAAGAAUCUAUUGCUGUACACGAAGUCUCGGUGAAAGAGUCACCAGGAUCAAUAAAAGAUCUUAAACCUAAAAAGGAACAAGCAACCUCUAUUCUUUCCCAGCAAGAAUCAAUUUCAGUCCAUGAAGUCUCUGUUAAAGAAGCGCCCGGGUCUGUGAAGGAUCUAAAGCCAAAAUCAGAGACAGCUACGUCCAUCCUUUCUCAGCAAGAGUCCAUAACCGUUCAUGAGAUAUCUGUAAAGGAGGCACCAGGAGAAAUGAGUAAUCUAAAGCCAAAAACAGAACAGGCAGCAUCAAUUAUAUCACCCCAUCAACCUAUUACAAUUGAAGAAGUAAGUGUUAAGGAGGCACCAAGUGAUAUAAGUGAAAGAAAGCCUAAAGAAGAGCAGGCAACCUCCAUUUGGUCUCCGCAUGAACCCAUAUCUAUUCAAGAAGUUUCAGUUAAAGAAGCCCCUGGUUCAAUGAAAGAUGCAAAGCCCAAGACAGAACAAGCAACAUCAAUUCUGUCUGAACAGGAAUCAUUAUCAGUACAUGAAAUCAGUGUAAAAGAAGCUCCUGGUACUGUAAAGGAAAUGAAACCAAAAGGAGAACAUGCAGUUUCAGUUCUCUCCCAACAAGAAUCAAUUUCAGUGCAUGAGGUAUCUGUUAAAGAAGCACCUGGAUCAGUAAAGGAUCAGAAGCCAAAAAGUGAGCAGGCCAUGUCUGUACUUUCACAGCAGGAAUCCAUAUCUGUGCAUGAAGUAUCAGUGAAGGAAGCUCCAGGAUCUAUGAAUGAUUUGAAAUUCAAAACAGAACAGGCAUCAUCAAGCAUUUCAUCUCAUGAAUCGGUUACUGUAGAAGAGGUUAGUGUUAAAGAGGCGACUGGCGAUAUAAGUGACAGGAAACCAAAGUCAGAAAAGGCCACUUCUAUUCUCACUCCUCAGGAACCAUUAGCUAUUGAAGAAAUUACAGUCAAAGAAUAUCCUGGAUCAAUGAAAGACUUAAAGCCAAAAACUGAUCAAGCAGUUUCAAUACUCUCUGAACAAGAGUCUAUUUCUGUUCAUGAGAUAUCAGUAAAAGAGGCUCCUGGUGAUGUAAAAGACCUCAAGCCUAAGGCUGACCAAGCUACAUCUGUACUAUCACAACAGGAAUCUAUUUCUGUUCAUGAGGUGUCAGUAAAAGAAGCCCCAGGUGAUGUCAAAGAUCUCAAACCUAAAACUGACCACGCAACAUCUGUAUUCUCCCAACAAGAAUCCAUUACCGUACAGGAGGUAUCUGUGAAAGAGGCUCCAGGGGAAGUAAGAGAUCUUAGACCCAAGCCAGAUCAUGCAACGUCAAUUCUUUCUCAACAGGAAUCUAUCACUGUUCAUGAAAUUUCUGUAAAAGAGGCCCCAGGAGACAUGAAAGAUAUUAAACCUAAGACAGAUCAUGCAACAUCAGUACUUUCUCAGCAAGAAAGCAUUACAGUCCACGAGGUGUCGGUUAAAGAAGCAACGGGAGAAGUGAAGGAUCUUAAACCCAAAGCAGAUCAAGCAACUUCCAUUCUUUCUCAACAGGAAUCUAUUUCUGUUCAUGAGGUGUCUGUGAAAGAGGCCCCAGGAGACAUGAAAGAUAUUAAACCUAAGACAGAUCAUGCAACAUCAGUACUUUCUCAGCAAGAAAGCAUUACAGUCCACGAAGUGUCGGUUAAAGAAGCAACAGGAGAAGUGAAGGACCUUAAACCCAAAGCAGACCAAGCGACUUCCAUUCUUUCUCAGCAGGAAUCUAUUACUGUUCAUGAGGUGUCUGUGAAAGAGGCACCUGGAGAUGUGAAAGAACUGAAACCUAAGGCAGAUCAGGCGACAUCAGUACUUUCUCAACAAGAAUCUAUUUCCAUCCAUGAAGUUUCUGUAAAAGAAGCUCCUGGAGAAGUGAAAGACCUCAAGCCUGUGAUAGAUCAAGCACAAUCAGUUUUCUCUCCACAAGAAUCUAUUACUGUUCAUGAAGUUUCGGUAAGAGAGGCACCAGGAGAUGUCAAAGAUCUGAAACCUAAGACUGAUCAGGCAACAUCUAUAUUAUCUCAACAAGAAUCUAUAACUGUGCAAGAAGUUUCUGUAAGGGAAGCCCCUGGAGAAGUUAAAGAUCUCAAGCCCAAGACUGAUCAAGCAAGAUCAGUUCUUUCAGAACAAGAAUCUAUAUCUGUCCAAGAAGUUACUGUGAAAGAAGCUCCAGGCGAUGUAAAAACUCUUAAACCAGUAACAGAACAGGCUACAUCAGUUUUGUCACAACAAGAGUCAGUUUCAGUUUAUGAAGUGUCAGUUAAAGAGGCUCCAGGAGAUGUAAAAGAUUUAAAGCCUAAGCAAGAACAAGCAUCAUCAGUAUUCACUCAACAAGAGUCUAUAUCUGUUCAAGAAGUUUCUGUAAAAGAAGCUCCUGGAUCAAUAAAGGACAUUAAACCAAAGGCAGAUAAAGCCAAAUCCAUUUUAACUGAGCAAGAAUCUAUAACUAUUGAGGAAGUAUCUGUAAAAGAAGCACCAAGUGCAAUUGAAGAUUCUGUGCCAAAAUCUGCUCAUGCAACAACAGCUAUUACUCCCCAUGAAUCUGUUUCAAUUGAGGAGGUAACAACAAAAGAGGUGCCAUUAGAUAUAAGUGAAGAAAAGCCAAAAACAGAAAAGGCAAAGUCUGUGUUAUCACCACAGGAAUCAGUUGCUGUUCAAGAAGUUUCAGUCAAAGAAGCUCCUGGGUCAAUGGCAGAUUUGAAAUUCAAGACUGAACAAGCAAAACCAGUGGUCUCUAUGCAUGAAUCUGUUACAGUGGAAGAAAUUUCUGUGAAAGAAUCUUCUUCUGAUAUAGAUAUGAAGAAACCAACUGAAUUGAAAGCCACAUCUGUAUUGUCAGCCCAGGAAUCUCUGUCUGUUGAGGAGGUGACUGUUAAAGAAAUGCUUGAACUGGAAGAUAUGAAACCAAAGACACAUAAAGCUGUUUCUGUGUUACCUACUCAAGAGUCUGUUUCUAUACAGGAAGUAUCAGUCAAAGAAGUUCCAGGUACAAUUCAGGAUACUAAACCAAUAUCUGGCCAAGCUACUUCAAUUAUCUCUCCUCUUGAGUCAGUAACAGUUGAGGAGGUAACAGUAAAGGAGACAUUUGGUGACAUCAGUGAUCAUAAACCAAAGACUGCUACAGCAACUUCAGUGUUUUCCCCUCAGGAAUCAGUAUUUGUAGAGGAAGUGUCUGUAAAAGAUGCUACUGGUUCUGUUAAUGAUCUUAAACCACAAACUGAAAAGGCAACAGCUAAGAUAUCUCCACAUGAAUCUGUCACAGUGCAAGAAGUAUCUGUCAAAGAGGCACCAGAUGAUUUGAGUAGCCUAGAGCCCAAAUCUGAAACUGCUAAAUCUAUCUUGACAAUGCAAGAGUCUAUCUCUGUUCAGGAAGUGUCCGUAAAAGAAACUCCAGAAAAUAUUACGGAAAUCCAACCUAAGAGAGAAAAGGCACAACCUGUGGUAAGCAUGCAAGAAUCCUUUUCUGUGAGUGAAGUGCAAGUGGAAGGGCAGACUGAAGACAUUAAGUCUCCUAAACAAAAGGAAGAAAAAGCAGAAGUUACUGUACCCAAAAAAGAUUCUCUUCAGGUACUGGAAGUUGCUUCAGAGCUUGCUCCUGAUGCAAUACUGGAAUCAAAACCAGUUGAAGAUACAGCAAAGGUAACUGUAACAGAAAAUCUCCAGCGAGCAGAUCAAGAGGAUGUUAUUGUUCUGCGUGGUCCAAAGAGAGAGAAGAAAAUCAUAGAAGUUGUUGAAGAAACUGAAGAUGAAGUAUUUGAAGAAGAACCAAAACCAAAAGAAGAGGUAGUGGAAAAGAAACCUGAAGAAAAAUCAACUGAAGAAGUUUCUGAGGAAGUUAUUAUCAAGAAACCUGAAAAACCAAAGGAAGAGGUGACAGAGGAAGUUGAAGUUAAAAUGAGGCCCAAAAAGAAAACAGAAACAAAGACUGAGGAAAUAACAGAGGAAGUUACUAUAGAAAAACCCAAAAAACCAGAGGAAAAAGUUGAAGAAGUUACGGAGGAAAUUACAAUGAAACCUGAAGAGAAGAUUGUUGAGGACGUUAAAGAAGACGUUGAAAUCACAAUUAAGCCAAAGAAGAAACCAGAAACAAAGACAGAGGAAGUUACUGAAGAGGUAACAAUUAAGAAACCAGAAAAGCCUGAAGAGAAAGUGGUUGAAGAAGUUGAAAUCAAAAUGAAACCAAAGAAGAAACCAGAAACAAAGACAGAGGAAGUUACUGAAGAAGUAACAAUUAAGAAACCAGAAAAGCCUGAAGAGAAAGUGGUUGAGGAAGUUACAGAAGAAGUUGAAAUCAAAAUGAAACCAAAAAAGAAACCAGAAACAAAGACAGAGGAAGUUACUGAAGAAGUUACAAUUAAGAAACCAGAAAAGCCUGAAGAAAAAGUAGUAGAGGAAGUUACUGAAGAAGUUGAAAUCAAAAUGAAGCCGAAAAAGAAACCAGAAGUUAAGACUGAGGAGGUGAGUGAAGAGGUAACUAUCAAGAAACCACGAGAGCCAAAGGAGACAGUAACUGAAGAUGUAACUGAAGAGGUACAAAUAAAACUGAAACCUGAGAAAAAGCCAGUUGUGUCUGAAGAUGUAGAAGUCACAGAAGAGUUCACUGUCAAGAAGCCAGAAGAAAAGAUCGUUGAACAAGUAACAGAAGAAGUGCAGAUCAAAAUGAAGCCCAAGAAGAAAACUGAAACUAGAACAGAAGAGAUUACUGAAGAGAUCACAAUAAAGAAACCUGAGGAGCCAGAAGAAAAAGUAACUGAAGAAGUGACUGAAGAAGUGGAGAUUAAAAGGAAGCCCAAAAAGAAGACAGAAUUUAAGACGGAGGAAAUCAGUGAAGAAGUUGUCAUUAAGAAGAAAGAAGAGCCUGAAAUUUCAGAGGUAUCUGAGGAGGUUGUAAUUAGAAGAAAACCUAAGAAGAAACCGCAGGAGGAAGUUGAAGAUAUUUCAGAAGAGGUGACCAUCAAAGCACCAAAGAAACCUGAGGAAAAGGCUGUUGAAGAGAUAACUGAAAGUGUUCAAAUUAAGAUGAAACCAAAGGAAAAACCAAAGGUAGAACACGAGGAAAUAUCAGAAGAAAUUACUAUCAAAGAAAAAGAUGAGGAGAUAGAAAAGGUUUCUGAGGAGGUGACUGAAGAAGUGCAGAUUAAGAUGAAACCAAAGAAGAAACCCUCAAAGGCUGCUCCAGAAGAGGUUACUGAAGAGUUGACUAUUAUCAAGCCAGAAGAAGAACCUGCUGAACAGAUUGAAGAAGAAAUCACAGAGGAGGUUCAGUUUAAGCUGAGGCCAAAGAAAAAACCUCAACCAAAGUAUGAGGAGAUUGAAGAAGAAGUUACAGUUCUGAAGAAGCGAGAGGAGAAAACUGAGGAAAUUACUGAGGAUGUGAAAAUUACAAUGAAGCCAAAAGUAGAACCAGUGGAGAAGUUUGAAGAUGUAUCUGAAGAAGUCACAAUAAAAGAGGAAGAACCACAGGAACUGACAACUGAGGAGGUGACAGAGGAUGUUCAGAUUAAGCUGAAAAAGAAGAAAAAGCCAGAAAUUCGUAAAGAAGAAGUUACUGAAGAAAUGACAAUAAUUAAGCAAGAAGAGUUGGAAGAGGAAGAAAUAAAAGAAGAACCAGAACAAGUUCAAAUUAAGAGAAAACCGAAAAAGAGGCAAGUGGUGACAGAAGAAAUAUCUGAAGAAUUCACAGUUCAGAAGCCUAAGAAAGAGGAGCCUGUAGAGGAGGUAGUAGAAGAGUUUAAACUGAAAAGGCCCAAGCCCAAGCAACCUGAAGGCUCUGAAGAUGUCAGUGAAGAAGUCACAAUAAGGCAAGAGUCACCUGAACCAAAAGUGUCUGAGGAAGUAACCGAAGAGAUUAGCAUCAAAAUGAGGCCAAGGAAAAAGAAACCAGUUGUCACAGAAGAGGUCAGUGAGGCCUUCACUAUCAAGAAACCGAAACCUAAAGAUGAAGGACCCUCUGAGGUGACUGAAACUGUUACUCUGAAGAGAAAGGAAGAACCAUUUGUGAGAGAGACACAGGAGAUUUCUGAGGAGGUUGAGAUGAAAUUGAGAGAAGGAACCGAGUUUGCAAAAGAAGAAACAACAGAGGAUGUGCAUAUUAGGAUGAAACAACCCAAGAAAAAGUAUUCAGUUGCAGAGGAAACGGUUGAAUCGAAAAUGUUGAUUCAGGAGUCUGAUGAUGAGGAUUCUGAUACAAUAUAUGAGGAUGUUGAUGAGUAUGUGGUCAUGCAACAAUUUGUUGAUGAGGAUGUCAGUGAGGAGACCGUCGAAUUCAAACUUGGCAAGCCAAGGAAACCAGUUGUGGUCAAAGACGAGGGGGAAGAACAAGUGACAAUAAAGAGAAAGAAGGUUGUGGUUAAGGAAGUGGAUGAAACCGAUGUGAGUGGGGUAAUCAGGAGGCCUGGAUCUCCCGAGGAAGUGCAAGAAUCAUUCCAAAUUAAAUUGCCAAAGAAGAAAAAGCCUGAGUACAAGGUGGAAGAGGAGGAUGAAGUGCAGGUAGGUUUCAGAAUUAAGAAGGAGCCAAAGUACAAAGUCACAGAUGAUGUUGAGGAGACGUUCCAAUUUAGAGGAAAAGAAUCAUCAGAGGAAGAAGAAGAAUCGUCGGCGUCUGAGUAUGAGGAUGUUGAGAGUGAGUUCACCUUCAGUACUACGGAGAAGGAGAUACCGUCGAAACAGAUCGAGGAAACCGAAAUUAGUCACAAAUUCAAGCUCCCUCCCUUACCCAAACAACCCCCAGUCUUCGUCCAAGAAGACGUCCAAAUGCAAAUACAGGUAGCGCCACAAUCACCCACUGAAGCUUUCGAAAUCGCCCCACCAUUGAACGUCAAGCAGGGCGAUCAACUGAGAGCUGUGGCCACCUACGUCUCGGACUCUUCACAGGAGAAUGCAAUGCAUCUGGUUGAGGGUGAACGUGUCUACAUUCAUGAAACUUCCAACAGUGACUGGUGGUUCGUGAAGAAACACCUGACGCUUGAACAAGGCUAUGUUCCUGCUAAGUUACUUGCAGAGGAGGUAUCAUACACCCACUACGUCCAGCAAAAGUUACAGGAGAAGAUCAUGAAGCUUCCCAUCUUCGAAAAACUGAAGAAGGGCCAGAAGGCAGAGCCACCAAAGAUGACUCAAAUGCAGCCAAUGCGUGUAAAGGAUGGUCAGGAAGCUCAGUUUGUCUGUCAUAUCCAGGGAUCACCUAGACCCAACAUCACCUGGUUCAGACAAACUGCUAUCAUCAAGCCAUCUGAAGAAUUCCAGAUUUUCUACUCUGAUGACAACACAGCAACACUGAUAAUCAAGGAGGUGUUCCCAGAGGAUGCCGGUUUGUUCACUUGCGUAGCAAAGAACGAGACUGGAUAUUCUGCCAGCAGUGCCGAACUUGUGGUUGAGGGACCAGUCAGUGAUCAUGGCAGCUCUGUGGGUGCUUCUCGCCGUAGCCUCAGCCGCGAAUCUUCUGUCUGCGACAUCCUGGAAGGCAUUCCACCCACCUUCGCCAACAAGCCUAGUGUGAAGACUGUUGAGGAAAGUACACAGCUUGAGAUGGACGUCCGUCUUGUAGCCAUUCCAGAGCCUGAGAUUGUCUGGAAAAAGGAUGGCCAGGUCUUAAAGGAGUCUCAGCGUGUGCGCAUCGUCAGGCAGAAAGAUGUCCAUGCCUACCGUUCAAUCUUUAUCGUCAAGACUUCCAAGAAGGAGGACGAGGGCAAAUAUGAAAUAGUUGCUAAAAACAGAGAGGGAGAAGCCAAGACUUACAUCACCCUCAAAGUGACGGCGCCUCAAGGACCAUCCUUUGAAGAGAAGUUCGGCGACCAGACCGUCGAAGAUGAAGGAACCAUUCGCCUUGUGGCGCGCAUCAAGGGAGUUCCAGCGCCAGAUGUCACCUGGAGCAGGAACGGUAAAAAGCUGAAGGUGGAGAAGAACCUGCUCAUGACCUUCCGAGAUGAACUGGCCGUGCUUGAGAUUCAGAAUGUCAAGCCCAAGGAUGACUCCGGCAAAUACACUUGCACGGCCACGAAUAAAGUGGGGAAAGCCUCUCACUCGGCCAAUGUAACCGUAGGGGUGGACGUUGUCACUUUCAAGCGAGGUUUGGAAUCUUGUGUCGUGGAAGAGAACUCUGAGGUGAUCUUGGAAUGCCGCACCUCCAAAGAAAGAGACUGCAAGUGGUACAAGGGCAAGAACGAACUCAAGCCCAGCAAGAACGUCACCAUUGAACGUGAGGGUCUCACCCACCGCUUGACCAUCCACACUGCCGUCGGAAGCGAUUCUGGCAGAUACAAGUGCACCUUCGACAACCAGUCCACAUUCUGUAACCUCACUGUUAAAGGACUUGAUGAUUUCGUGGAAAGGCUUCAAGAUGUUGAGGUCCAGGAGUUAGAGGAAGCUGUUCUUCAAGUAGAAGUGAGCAGUGACAAGGGUCGUAUAUCAUGGCACAAGGAUGGCGAAGAGUUGACCAACACUGACCGCAUCAAGUUGGUGUCUCAGGGCAAGGUUCAUAAGCUGGUGCUGAAGAAGGCCACCCUCCAGGAUGAGGGAGAAUACACCUGUGUCCUUGGUGACCAGGAAUGCACUGCUGAGCUCACUGUCCGAGAACUGCCAGCUGAGAUUGUAAGGAAGAUGAAGGAUCAAGUCGUUUCCAAGGGCAACAAGGCUACCUUCGAGGUUGAGCUUACAAAGGGCGAUGCAGUCAUCACCUGGUUUAAGGAUAACAAAGAAAUUCGGUUUUCUGAUCACUAUCAGCUAUCCAUUGAUGGCAAGGUUCAGAGACUGAUGGUCUACAACUGCCAAGGUGAUGAUACCGGUACUUACCGCGCUGUUGUUGGCAGAAGCGAAUGCACUGCCACUCUCAGAGUCGAGCUCCAGGCCGAAGGAGAUUUCGUCACGAGGUUGCCUUCCCAGAUGGACGUCAACUUCCAGUCUGACGCUACUUUCCUUGUUGAAAUUUCCAAGAACUUCGAGGUCAGAUGGUUCAGGAACCAGGAAGAAAUCAGAGCUGACCAGAAGUAUAUCAUUAAGAAGGAUGUCAUGAAAAGGAUCCUCAUUGUUAAGAAUGUUACCCAAGCUGACUCAGGAGAGUACUCCUGCGUUCUUGCAAACUUGAAGACGACUUGCAAGAUGAAUGUAGUCUUGAUGAUGUCUGCACCAAAGAUUCCUAAGGAGUACCAGAAGAAGGAGUUUGUUGUCAACAAGGGUAAGGAUGUUACCCUGAAGGUGCCCUUCACCGCUACACCCAAACCUAAAGCUUUCUGGUAUCACAAAGGCCAGUUGCUGGACACUGAACGUAAUCAGCAAAAGAUCCUUUCCACUGUUACUGAGAAUGAAGCUUCCAUUACCAUCAAAACAGUCGAGAACAUUGACUGUGGAGAAUACCGUGUUAAGCUCUGCAAUGACUGUGGAGCUGCAUAUGCUGACUACACUGUUAAGAUUCUUGACAAGCCAUCCAAGCCUGGCACUCCUGAAGCCAUGAAGGUAACUGACAGUUCUGUGACAAUACACUGGUCUGCACCUAAAGAAGAUGGAGGCCGUGUUAUCACAAACUACAUCGUUGAGUUCAUGUCCCAGCAGCAACAGACGUGGACAGUAUUUAACCAGAAUCAAAAGAUUACACAGACAAGCGUAGAAGUAACACAGCUGACGAAGGAAGUGGAAUACUGCUUCAGGGUUUCAGCUGUCAAUGAAGUUGGCACUUCUGAUAAGUCAGAUCAAUCUAAGUUCAUCAAGGUCUGUGCUCCAAGGACAGCUGAGCCACCAGUAGUCAAAGAACAACUGCAGGCUGUUGUAACCGGCCUUCACCAGAAGAUUGUCCUUCGAUGCGUUGUGACAGCUUCACCUCCACCUAGGAUUGAAUGGAUGAGGGAUGGCAAGAUCAUUCAGGGUGAAACCAAAUACGAAAACUUCACUGCUACCUACACCAUCCAGAGCAGCCGCGAAGACUCCGGUGGCAUGUAUACUUGCAGGGCCAGUAAUGAAGCUGGCAUGGCCGAGUGUUCAGCCACCGUAGCCAUCCAAGAGGCUCCAAGAUUCGAGUUUGACGAAACCAAACAAUGCCAGACAUUGACUGUCGGUGACCAAUGGAGCGUUCCUAUCAGGGUCAUCGGUUAUCCAAAGCCAAAGAUUUCGUGGACCCGCAAUGAUAAGCCACUUAUGACCACGCCACACAUCCUCAUCCAUAACAAUGAACAACAAGGCACAACGAGCAUCACUAUUCAAAUUUUGGCCCUAGAAGACACAGCCGUCUAUACUGUCACCACUGAGAAUUCCGCUGGAAGGGCCCAGCUAAGCUUCAAUCUCAGGGUCUUAGAGGAGGAAAAGGAGUACCAGGUGUGCGCCCUCGAGGUCAUUGAGGAAGAAGUCAAGAGGGAGCGACCAGGACCUCCUCUGGGUCCUCUUAUGGUUACCGAAGUUACCACAUCUUCUGUCAAACUGGCCUGGAAGACACCAUCACACGAUGGAGGAAUGGCAAUUACAUCAUACUACAUCGAGAAGCUCGAAAAGACCGGGAAACAGUGGCAGAAGGUGGCUGAUGUUGGUGCCGACUGCAGGACCUACACUGUCGCAGACCUCGUUGACGGACAUGAAUACUUCUUCAGAGUAUUUGCCCUUAAUCCUGUUGGUAUAUCCGAUGCUCUCGAAGUGUCACAGACCAUCGUCAUCAAGAGUCCAUUUGACAAACCUGGAAUGCCGAUUGGACCAUUUGACGUCUCCAACAUGACUGAGUCUUCCCUCAAUCUCCACUGGGAUGAGCCAGAGUCUGAUGGUGGCUCUCCUAUCACUCACUACAUCAUGGAAAAGCGAGAAUCUACCAAGAAGGCUUGGUCCAAGGUCGGCCAGACUUCAGCAGAUGUUACAAACAUGGAAGUCACUGGUCUGAAAAAAGGUACCGCCUAUUACUUCCGAGUAUUUGCCUACAAUGCUGUUGGCCAAGGACCACCUCUACAACCUGAAGAGCCCAUCACAGCAGGCAAGAAGAUCACCCCACCAUCCAAGCCCAACAGUCUCCAGGUCAUUGACGUGACCACGAAGACUGUGACGCUCGCCUGGGCACCGCCCACCACAACCGGAGGCGCUGAUCUCAUGGGUUACGUCAUCGAGCGAAGGUUAGUGAAUGCCAAGUGGGAGAAGGUGGAUACAGUCGACGCCUCCGUCACACUGUAUUGCGUCGAGAACCUGAAGGAGAAGUCCGAAUACGAGUUCAGAGUCUUCGCCGAAAAUCCAGUCGGUCUUAGCGUAGAGGCCGCCAUGACGGAGACCGUCAGACUCAAGACACAUGCCAUGCCACCAUCACCUCCCACGGCGCCUCUCGAGGUGCGCCCAACAGGCCCUACGAGCCUUAUGAUCGAAUGGGGCGCUCCCGAGAGCGACGGUGGAGCACCUUUGUUGGGAUACAUCAUCGCCAUCCGUGACAUCAAGAGGACCAUGUGGAUCGAAGUUGGUCAGGUUGGCGCUAACUUCACCAGGCUACACAUCAAGGAGCUGCAGGAGGAGCACGAAUACUUCGUGCGCGUAUUCGCCCGUAACGAAGUAGGUUCCAGCGACCCUCUGGAAAUCGACGAACCCGUUAAGAUUAUCAGGCCAGCCGACUUCACCGAGUUGCCCGAGGAUGACGCGGCGCCGUCCCUCUCCUACUCGACGACAGAGACUCUGUCCUGGAUGCGAGAGGCCGGCAUGGAUGCCGACAUCUAUUCGUACGCCAGAGGGCGGCUCCUCAAUCGGGACGAAUACUUCUUCAAAGUUUGGCAUCGUGGCGUUGACAAACCCGACGGUCAAAAAUAGAAUAAAUCUCAUUAGCAAUUCAUCACCAUUUAUCAUUAUUUUUAGUAAACAUUUUUUUUAAUUGUUGAAAGUAUAUAAUUGUCUACUUGUUAUUCACUUUUCAAUGUUGAUGUACAUUGCCGAAUAUGGAGAAUGAUUAUUGUCUCUCAUGUUGAUGGACAGAUUGUGGAUUCCCCUUCCAGUUGAUUCACUGGGAAACAAUGGAGAAUUUUAUUGUAAUUAUUACCAUGUCCCUGUCAAUUGCGAACGAGAAGUUGUAUUUAAUCCCUUUUCAAAUCUCUUGAGAGAUAGACACUAGGAUUUUUUUUUCUCGACUUCGUUUAAUACGUCGACGACGACUAGAGGCUUCUCAGGCGGCGCACAGCCUGCCGGAGGCCCUAAGCCGCACUCAUGUUUUUAUGUAUAAAAAUGAUGAAUAGAAAGAGAAAACAGACUUGUCUGCCAUAAGUUGUUGGGUCCUUGCUUUUUGGUUUGAUCCUCAUCAGUGAUACCAGCGUGAAAAUUUCCCGUUCUGGGCUUUCCUUAGUACACCUCAGAGGAUUGUCAGACGUCACCUCCAGAAUGACGACCCCUUCUUGAGAUGUUCACCUGUGCACACCCCUUCCAAAGAACAGACCCGGAAUUUUUCACCUGUGAUAUUUCUCCAGCGGCUUUUCCCCUCAUAUUCCAAGAAAUGAAAUCGAAGAUAUAUUUUGCAUAAAAGGAGCGACACUUAACGUUGCCCGUCAGUUGUGCCCUUUUCAUGAACACUAUCUUGGAAAAGCCGGUUAUUCCAUCUCAUGGACCAAAAUCUUGUGGCUGUACGACUCUCUAUAUAUGAUAUAAAAAAUCCCUAUUUUGUUUACUGUGUAACUGAAACGAUAGUCUUUGUAAUGUCUGACCUUAGACUCAGGAUAUAUGUUUAAAAUAUACUUCCCAUAGUAUAUGAUUAUAUUGUACAUGAUAUUCACGGUUUCGUUUUUGUCUCACGACCACGACUGUGUCUCAAAACUACACCCCUAGAUAAACAAAAACUGCACACACACACUAUAAAUGAACCUUAUAAUUGUGUAUUGUACUGUGAUAAAUGCAUUCAUUUAUAUAUGAUUCAGCUGGUUGCUUGCACAAGCACAUAGGAUUAAAAAUCAGAGCUAGUAAAUAUCGAAUGUUUAUUCUCUUGUGUUGCCUUAUUUUUUCCCAAAAUUUCUAUGGGAUGGUCACUAGAUAGGCCGUGUGAGGUGCCCCCAUCGGUAGGCCUAGGUUUAUACGUUUAUGCUGCUGCUUGGGACUUACGUCCUAUAUUACCAUCUGUUUUUAUAAACCCAGGCCUUCCCCUGGGGCGUCCUUCACACGAGUUCUGUGCUUUUGCCCAUUACCAACACGCUUAAGUCAAGUAAGGGAUUAAAUAUUGACUCAUGACGUCACACCUUGCGAAAAACUGGUCACCACCACCGAGACCGUUAAAUGCUGCUGCUGUAACUGAAUUAUGAUUUAUUUGUUCUAUUUUUGUCAUUUAUUCUUCCCUCCUUCCCUCAUUAUUAUUUGCUCCUUCGUCGUUCCGUCCCUUCUCAGUCAUGAGCCAAUGGUGACUUGCUUGACUGGCAGUUUGACAAGGCUUGUUGUGUAGAUUGGUAAAUAAAUAAACAGUUUAGCUGAU